AUUGUCCUGAAGAUGCAUGAAAAAUUCAAUGUGAAACAUGAGAUAGACGCUGACUGGACCUGUAGCUGGAGAUGAUCCAGAAAAAGAGCGGUGACAUCACACCCUCUCUUAAUCAUUGUAAUUGCCCUGAACAGGGAACAUUUAGACACACUUACAGAAAUGUGAUCAGUGGUAUCAGGCUGCUCUGAAAUCUCCCUCCUUUUGUUCCCCACCUUUCAAAAGUGUGCAUGGGGAAUGCUCAGGCAACCAUGUCUUAAUUACUCGUUGAACCUUUGACCCCGGCGCUGCAUUGAUACGCGGCCGACACACAAGUGUGGAGCUCUGCAACUGCCUCUUGCAUGUGUGUGAGGCAGUGAAAUCUGAAGCCAGGGCAUGUGAGUCCACUGUAUUUGUUUACAGGGCUUCACCUCUGAGUCACUCUCCACGGCAGGGGAGCUUCUCUCCUCCAUCGCGGCCUGACUCGCCAUCACAGACUCGUAUGUCUUCACCGCCAGUGAAGACGGGCUUUAAACAAAAUGUUGGCACGCCGCAAGAUUGAAACCUUUAAUAGUCAGGCGUCGUUCCGAACUGAAUUACACAGCACAUUUAAUGAACUCAGAAUUAAUGCCUCUCGGUUUAAUUGCACUCUCUCACUGGUAAUACGUUUUCAAGGUGAAAUCUUUAAAUACAAAGAUUUUUUAGGUAAGUAAAGCAAAACAAGUGCUAAAAUUGAGUGCUGUAAUUUGUUCAUGAUCAACAGUGAAAUUGCUCCAUCUAAUUAUCGUCUAAUUAGCUCCAACCAAAACUAAGAGCAGAUCCUCCUUGAAACGGCGGAGGCAGCUGCGACUGCAAUCCAUCGCCGUGGAGCAGAAUUUCGGCUUUCUGCUGUUCCCGUUGAUGUCGGUGUGUUCGGUGGCAGAAACAAUUAUUGCGGGAACAACCCCCGCAGCUAAUGCUCACCAUGUUAUUAUUAUAAAGCCAGGGGAUCAGUGUGUGUUGGCAUCAGUCAGAUCACUUCCAGGACCAGACGUGUCACAAGAUUCUCACUUUUCCAAUUACGCAGAGACAAGUUCAUUACUCUUCAUGUGUGAACAUCGGCAGCUGCUGAUAUCAACCUUUUUGAAAUCAGAUUUCAAAAAAAGGUGUUUCCAGGAUGUGUACUUGAGAUUUAUUGUUGUUGGUACCUCAUGGAAACCAGCGAGUCAUUGUUCAGUGAAAUGAUUCUUUGUUGCGACGACCAAACAGUGCUGACCUUAACACUGGCGCUGUAUAUUUCAGUACAGAUGUUUUGACUCAUCCUCCAAAUAAGUCGGGCCAAACUCACGGUCUUGGGGCCAAAUGUGGCCCAUCAAAUCUCAUAAUGUUGCCGUCCGAGCUGUAAAUACGAAUUAAUACUACUACUUUAAAAGCUCUUAACUGCAGCUCACCUCCAACACAUGUCAGCAUCACGACCCACUAGGAUUUAAUUGAAUUAAUUCAGACUGUACCAAUCAUCAGAAAGCUUUAUUUUCGAGCUUUGUCUAUGAAUUACAUUGUUGUGUUCAUUCUAAUUUUAGGGUUUAGUUGUGUGUGUGUGUCCCUGCGAUGUUUAUGGGUCUCCCCAACAUAUCUUGCGUUGGCCCAUGUCACUCUGCACCCAUCCGCUUGUUUACGUAGGUACCUGCAAUCCAAAACUUUGGAGUAGCGAUUGAACAAUUGCAUCACUUUCACCAUAAAUAGCUGAAGGUGCCAACAAUGUAAGUACACUCUCAUGCAAUUGAAUUCAAGCUCUUCUGGAUUGAAAAUAAAAGUUGCUGAUAACAUUAAGAUUACCAUGUUGAGCAACUCAUCCACGCUACUUUCAAGAGCAUUUCUUAUUGUAUUGAUCGGAACGAUUGUUUGCUGCUUGGUUGCCUACGAUGUUGUGUUCACGUUUCCAAUAAGAUCAACGUCUCUUGCCGUUGAGUAGUGAGAUUUUGUUUUUCCCUGGAGGACGUAGUUUAGGUGGGGAGCUGUUGUUGUCGUCAAGAUGGCUCCCCUGAAAAUGAAGAGAUUCACUGGAAACCUUGAGAUGUCAACAAGUAUUCAGGAAACUUGCAACUAAAGGUGACGCUGAAAGCUGAAGGAAGGGACUGUAAUGGAAGUAGUUGGAAGUGAUAAAGUUCUGACCAACAUGAGUGCGGGGAGGCAGCAGGAACAGUGUGCAUCUGUGGUUAUGGUUCUGAAUUCAGUGUUUGCAAAGACUGAUUUUCUCUCUAAGAGAGAGAAAUGCAUUGAGGUAACAGUUGAUUUUUUUGUAAAAAAAGAAAGAUUUUAUUUUAGAUUCAGGCACAGACUUGAGUGAAAGUAUACUGUCUUGUGAUCCCAGUGUCCCAUUAUUCAGAGCUCCAUAGGUGGCGAUCUUGAUGAUGAGAAAAAUGACAAGGGGUUUCAUUGAAAUACUGUAGUUGUUCAAAGGUUUUUUUUAGCAGACAGUGCCAUCUAGUGGCCUCUGAAAAUUAGGACACUGUUUCAUGAUACCUCAUCAAACUACUGCUAAUAUUGUGCAUAACGGCUACAGGUUUUUGUUCCAACCUGACUGGCACACACACAGCUUGACCAGUCAGGUGACGCUUGUUUCAGCUGACACCUGAUUGGUGAGACCAUGUGAGCUUGAUGGGUUGGAACAAAGAUGAAAAUUUGAAAAAUGAAAGAGAAAUUAAAUCCUGCAUUGAGGUGAUUUGAUGACAUUUAAGUUCAUUAUAUUACACGUUAUCGUUACUUGAAUAAUUAACAAUUUUAAUUCACUGUUGGACACUUUCAUCAGAUGAAAUUGCCAUAUUUGCUUACGUUGUCUAAUACUGUCUGGGGCCUUGGUCGCAGGGUCACAACUGGACCUUUGACUGUGUUCCGCACGAGGUCAAAACUGGAAAUCAUUGCUUUUUGAUGACAUUUUUCAUUUACAUUUUUUUUGCUGUGCUCUUCUUUGCUCCUGUUUUAAAUAAAUAAUAAAAUAAAUACAUAAAUAAUAAAAUAAAUUAAUUAAUUAAAUAAAUUGUGUUCUAUGAGAAACGGUGUUCUCACAUAUUUUAAUGUAACGUACUUUUUCUUUAUUUAAGCAAGGUUCUUUUUGUAUAGGUAGAUGUAUUCAAGACCUUCACUGUACAGUUUCAGUGUCCUUCACUGUCCUUUCCAUUUUAUUCAGUCUUCCUCAUCUGAAUUUUGGGUCUCUUUAUUCUCUUUAUUGGAAUUCUAUUCCGCCCCGGAAUGCAACGCUGUCCUUCAGAGAGCGAAAUGUCUGUCACAAACCAGCUCCAGUGUUCACGGCCCCACAAGGAUGACUUCUCAGCUUAGUGGUUUUGUGAGCUUGAUGUAUCCGAUAGCAGUGAAUUGUGGGAUCUAAAUGAUCAUGUUUAACUAUAUUCUCAUCUUAACUGUUGCUAUGUGUUGCCCUGAAGCUCAACUUUUGUGUUUUUGUCUCCCACUUUAAGUGUUUUUUCGUGGCCGCCAUGCUUCUUCAGUCAUACUUAAUGCUCACUCUGUUGACAUUUAUGGCUUUUAAUAGUGUUUUUUGAGGCGAGGGCUAAAUGAACUAUCCAUUUUUAUUAUAUAUUAUGCAGUAUUUAAAGUUUCAGCUCAUUAAAAAAACAGGCGCCCUCUGUCGCCCCUUCCCCCCAGGCUGUCUUUUACCCCCUACCAGCAUGCAGUCAUGCUCCUCUAGCCACGGGCUCUGCUUGAUCUGUUUUUUUUUUCUUCAUUUUUUUCCCCUCCAAUAUAUUUAUUUAUUUUUCUUUUCUUUUUCUUAGCACCAGCAUUGUCUUAAUUCACUAUUAUAUUUGUAAAAAUCUUCUUUUAUCAAUGGAUGUAUUUAUAUUUCUGCAGUGCUCCCUUGCUUCCCUUUCGCCGCAGAACUAUGUCUGUGGCGGGGGAUUUACAUUAAAUACAAAGAUACAGAUGUUGCAUACAAACACAGAAAUGGAAUAAAUCAAUUUUGUCCCGAGAAAUGCUUCACGCACUUUUUGAUGCAGCGUGAUCUCCAAUCUUUCUGCAAAUGAGCUGCGCUCUCUUGUAAUGGUUUCUGCUCCUCGUGGGAUGGCGGUGUCUGAGAAAAGCUGCUGAUUGAGGGGGAAAUGUAAUACAGGUGUAACGCUGACUUGAUAGGGGUCUUACACGAGGGUUAAGCAUUUUAACAGUGAUAUACAUACUGUUACAUAUUUAUCAGAGAAUAUGGAAUUUGCUGGCUCGACUCUUUCGCCGGCCUGCAGAGAUUUGCCGGUUUCUGCUGGGGUGUUGUUAAUUCUGCCGGCGAGGUUGGCCAUUAUGUUGAAUUAAUAGGAAUUAAGGGUUUAAAUUGGUUAAGUAAGCACUUCAUUAAUCGUGAGGGGAUUGCUGCGGUAGAGGCUUAACGUAGGUGCGAACAUGGAUGGAAGAAAAGAAGGUGAAGUUAGACGUGGCUCAUCAGCUCCACGUUCACACUGGGUGACUUCUAAGCGUAUUAGAAGUGGUAGAUCAUUUGUUUAAAGUUGGAUGCAGUUGUUGAAGUUGUCUCCGAGUUUAUGGUCCUUUAUGAGGCGUAAGAAAAGAUCCCUUAGUUGUAACUCCCUUUUUUUUCCAACACUCACUCAUAAAACAAAAUCAACUGCUUUCUUCUUUUUGGCCUUCUUUUAUGGUCCUCUCUACUUGACAUAAUUACUUAAAGCCUGCAAACAUGAGGCGUCAAAGUCUAGUCGCGUGUUGGAUUAAAUCAUAUGGAUUAACUACCAUGGAAUGUAAAGUGAUCUCUAGUUCUCAAUACCACAUCCCUUCUGUCAGUUCAAUCUGGUGUAAAAAAAAACACUAUUAGCUUCCUUUGAAUCUCUGUGCAAUGACUUUGGACUUCAGAACUAGUGCACUAGUGGCAAAUUCUAGAGCUUAAAUUCAUUUAUGGUUAAAAAGUGAUUUGCUAUUGACAACUCCGAUGGGUGUUGACCACUUGGUUGGUGAACAAAUUUGUAACAGCAAAUUAUUGGGGACCGAGCAGAUGGAAAGCGGUUGUUCAAUAAAAAAAAAACAAAAAACAUGCACAAGCCAUCACAUAAAAUAUUAAUAACCUGCAAAUAAAGAAACAACCUGACCGUGGGAAAAGUGGACUUUCAGCAUUGCAUGUUGAUGCAUUACGCUUUCAACUGAAACAUGCCGCGGCAUAUCCUGAUGCUGUGGGCAGCGUGACACACAAAAAAGACUGAGGUUGAGGUUGUGUAAGGUAUGGGAUGGCUCUCCUUAUGUUCUUCAUGUAACAACGUGUCAGUUGCUAUUUAAUGCCCCUCAAAUGGUUGUGCGUUUCAGUCACAGUUUCCAAACGUCUCCUGUGCCUCGCUGGGUAUUGUAUCGGAUUUCCCAAAGCAAUUCAAUUAGAUUUACAACGGCCUGAUUCGAUUUGAUUGGUAGUGGAAUAGAUUUCAAUUUGGUUCGGGAUAUAUCCGUCUAUGGGCCUGUCCCAAUUCUCAGCCUAAGACUUGUUUUUGGCCCUAACACUCGUCAAGUGUAGUGUGUCUCAAUGCACUACAAUGAUCCAGUGAAAUGAUCCCUUCAUACUUGGGGGGGCUCCAGAGGUAACUUGAAGCACAGUGGGACGAUGGAGUGUGGAUAGAUUCCCAGGAUACCAACGUGUGAAUAGAAUAACAUAACUAGAAUUGAAUAACGUGACUUAAAAACAAUGGAAGAUGUGACCACAGGGAAAUUGUAGUAACAAGGACUCUUCUUUUUAUUUACUUCAUGCUUGUGUCACACGCUAGAGACCUGAAGGGUCUACCGUGUCUACAGCUUCAGCCGUUUUCUCGGUUGGUUCACCAAACGAAGUAAGAUAAUCAGCGCCGAUGCAAGAGGUUGCAAAAACGCUGGAGCCGUCAUUUCCAAAAUGUCUCAACGACGCUCAUGUUGUCUUUACCUGUGGCUAUCCCAGUUCUUGGGGACGUCAAUCACUUCGUGGUCGGAGGGCACUUCAUAGUGGAUGACACUCAGAACCAAGUGCUAGAGUUAAGGGUGAAAAACAUGUUACAGUAAAUAAUGGAUUUGGGCAUUUUAUGAAUUGUCAUCGGGCCACGUGUGGGAACAUCAAUUCAGAUCAAUUAUUUAUGUCUUACUUUAACCCUGCCCAAUUAAAUAUUACACCACUAACAUUCCUUCAUGCACAGUUGUGUAGUUUUAAAAAUUUGCUCAGCUGUACCCUGACUUCAUGGAACUUACUGCUACACACGUAUCCCAUUGACUUCAGUUGCACCCUCUCACAUCCCUGCGGUCUUGUUCGCUAUCUGUUUGUGAUGUUACUUCAAGUGGUCAACUGGAGCUAAGUGAUGAGAUCUUUGCGUUCACUAAGAUUCCCGCUGACUGUGUAUUUCACGCACUCGUCCAGCAGCGCCUCCCCUUUUCAUGGCGAGACGUGGAUUUAGAACAUUGUGAUUCCAUUCGAUUAAAACCUCUGAGCCAUGUGAGAGUGUUCGAUAAAGUAAUCUCUGGACCUCCGUCUGGACAUGGGCGUGAAGUUAUGGCCCCGGUCAGAUGGAAACAGCCGCUCUGGUUGAUGUUGCUUCCCCAGCAGAGGUGGACUAAUUGAGGUGUGUUUUUAUCUGGACUCGCUAAUGACGACGAGGCUGGGAGAGAAGUACACUGUCCCCUUAGGCUGAGGAAUAGCACGACUUAGCCAACCUUCUGUACUUAUUGUCCAACAAAGGGGGAAUUCACUUAAUGCAGUGCUUCAGAAAAGUGGAUAAUUGUAGCCUCGAUCAAUAAAGUAACAGAGCGGAAAAUGAACAUGUGCAGUGUAGCUGUGUUGUAGAUAUUUGCUGGAAAUGGAAAAGGAGCCAGGUUCUUGUUUUUUUUUUGUGUGUGUGUUUGUUUCAGCCAAGUCAUCAAACAAGGAGAGCGCGUGGACCGAGCAGACAUGUGUAGCCGCCGCUUUAUUUACUCCAUGCGCAGUGUUGUGUUUGCAUGUGCGUGUGUAUGGUGGAGGCUGCAGGUUCGGCUGGAUGAUCCACAUUGUUCCGGUGACAUCGCUGGAGGGCAAAGAGGGAUGGAACCUGAGAGGGGUGACAGUGAUAAAUAGCCCUUUUAAUAACAGCUGCCCCACUUGGCCGGCGAGUCCCAGUCAGUGUCCUCUGUGUAUUUAUGCCCAUGUUUAUUUAUGCAUCCAUAGCAAGCAGGAAAUCAGCACCGCAGGGGCACAAUCAGUCUUUUUUUGUGUGUUUGGGGGAUAGCGUUUGGGGGGCCUUCUCAUCUUUUAAGUGAGCAGAUAUUCGUUUAACCCUGAGGUUGAUCUACUGGCAUGUCUGUGGAGGAAUAUGCAGUUAGUCUCAUUUUGGGAAGGCAAAAGCAAGACAGAUUUGUCGUGUAGUUACUAGAGAUCAGUCUAUAGCGCUAAUAGGUUCAUAUGCUGGUAGUUGCCCUUUAAGAGCAGGGUGUUUUUGUUCCUGAAGGAUUGCAAAUGCCUGAUCUUCUUUUACCAUAUAAGAUCCGAUAAGAAAAUCCAGCGGUAUGAGGUGUGUUGGGAGUGAAUUUGUCCCACUAAUCGGCUCCAAAAACGCUGACAAUCAGAAAUCUGUUCAACAUUUGUGUUAGGGGAGAGUCGCCCACUCGUGACUUGAGCUGUGCCACCUGGAGAGCUGCACCUUGUCCUGGGAAGCUCUCCACAGGGGGUGAGCUUCUUGCCUUAGAUGACUCUGCGCUAGACGCCAGAAACUACUGUACGUGUACAGCGCGACUCCACACAGACAUUAGUAUGGCAAACCUCUAGACAAGGUAACUGACAAUGGCCGUGUCCUGAGAGCGACGCCACAGCCACCCAUGUGACCGCCAGAUUAAUAUCUGGCAGCUCUUUCAAGAGAAGUGUGCAGGAAGAGAAUACAGGAACCGAUCAACAAGAGGCCGGACCAGACUGAACAAAGGAGUUACAUUCAAACCCCGACGAGAACCGGAGACUAUCAGGCUCAAAGGCUGAAAUGACAGUGUCUGCACUGGACUUGUCAGUCAUUCAUUGGUGUUUACCGCAAGUGCUUGGUGUGUUAUCAAAUGUUGUGGAGGUAUUUUGGUAAUGGUAACAAAUGUGUCAGUGCCAUUUUAUUGUGAUUACGAAAUUCUAGUCUAACAAAAAAAACAUUAUAGCUCCGACAUUAGCCGCUAAAAGGCCAUAAUAUUUUCCUUUUUUUAAAUUACUUUUUUUCCACACGGCUGUCCGACAAUAAUCCACUGGCUGAUGGUGUUGUAGAAUGACUAGGGAAGCACUGAACGAGUAGUGUACUUGCAUUGAGUACUCAUCAAUACCAAUACCAAAUACUUACUCCGUUACACAUGAAGUUACUGUGAGUUUUUACAUUUUUCUGACUGCGCGCUGCUGUAUCGGUAUCAUGGUAUCGGUGGUCAUUCUAUGAGAACAGGUACUCAACCCCAGUAUCGGUCUGAUAUGUUGAUGUACCAUCCACUAUUCGCUUGCUUGUGAACUGCUUUGAAUACACCCAGCCAAUGUGAGCAAAACAGCAUUUGACUCUUCAUUUUUAAUCAAUUAAUGCUCAUAAUUCUUGUGCUCUACCAUCAUAAUGUAUAAUGUUUCAACGAGUGAAAGUAGCAGGGCUGCUCAUAAACCUGUCUCGUAACACUGUCGAAGCAAUAUGUGGUGCUUUAUUGCUCUUUCAAGUCAACUCUUCAUAAUCUGGACACGCCAACGCCGCGUGUACUAAUAGCACGUCUUUGGCAGCGCUCUGCUUUCAAUCUGCAUGACUUUCAAAUUAGCCAGACAUUGUUGCUGUGUGACUGAAGUCAAAAGUCUUUUGUCUGCUGAAAUAUGACCUCAGGCCUGCAGCGAGCAGCAAGAGGGGAGGCUGUAGAUCAGAGGUGUCACAGCUCCUGCCGCGGGGCGACGUCGCCGCUGUUCUCACUCAAACCUCUUCCCUCUCUUUAAUUGGUUCAAUUAGUUAAGUAUCCAUAUACAUUAUGGUGUAUGCAUUUUUCAUGACUCCUCUUAACGCUCUGUUUGAACAGAACUACUUCCGGCUAUGAUUUGCCUUUUGGAUGAAUGUCAAGGAGACUAAAUGAUCACGCUAAUUGAGUAAUUAAAGGCAGAUGUUGGUGCAAGCGCUAACAGGAAACACUUUGCCCUCCAGAAAACCUACAGUGUUUUUGACACCCCUGUUAUGUAUGGAUAUCCCAGAGGUGCCUCUCUAAUAGUUACAGUUUCACCCUCCUGAUUAUUCAGUUGAAGUCCUCGCUAUGAAGCCAAAAUGGUGGUUUUACGCCGUUCUGAGCGUGGAAAGAAACUUGUAGCCGGGCGGUCGGACGCUGUGGCGCCGAUUCAACCUGAGCUGACCUCACUGUCACUGCUCUCUGAUAGGACACUAGCGGUCUGCCCGGGACCCUUUUCUAUUGGGGGUAAUUAAGAUCGGCAAUGUGCCAGUGAUCUGAGGUAUCAAACCUCAAAAGAGUCAAGUGUAUUUCCUUGGCUUUUGACAGCUGUGGUGAUCAGAGGAUUGCUCGCAGGCAGAUCAAUAAGCAACAAUUUUCCUAUUAAAGAAAAAUUGCUUGGACAUUGUACCAAGAUAGCUUGUGGCUCUCUCACCACCGACCCGCUGAGGCUGAGGGUCUCUUGUAGAAGAAUGCCGGAGCUGUCUGUCUCUGUGAAUCUCACGUGACCCUUGUGUUUCUUUGUGCUGCUCACCCCAAUGUUUAUAAACUAAUCUGUCCAAAAGGAAGAGCACUUUAUUAUUAUGUGUACAGUAGGUAUUGUAGGUUUUUGUUAUAUGUGAGUCAUUUGAUUCUGAGUGCUGAGCCAAUAUUUCAGCAAUGCAUUAAUCAUAACAUAAAAAAAGAGUACACGGGGUAAAAUCCUAUGAUUUGCAAAUCCUGUGAUCAACCCCGAAUUCUAAUGACAUGAAGACAUCUGGCCUGGAGAGAAACCUCCAAAUUAGAAAGCUUCAAAAUAUCCUCCGUCAACAAAGGCACCUAAAUGAACACACACUGUGUAGACGACAUGUGUAACAGAAACUAUUACGUUAUUCAUGUCUGCAUGUUCAUAUUUACUGUCACUGCAGCCAUGAUGAUUCUGAACCUUUUGACUGAGUUUGGGGCCCCUAACUUUUCAGAAUGUCAAGUGCUGUUUCUUCCUUAGUGCCUCUCUUCAGGUACGUUCACACCAAACGCAAAGGCACAGAAAUGUCGGAUUUAAAUGUAAAGUCUAUGUAGCACAGAGGUACUGUUAUGUGCAAUUGAGUACUGCAAUAUGGGAUUGAGGCUACAUUUUUAAGGCCAUGCGUCACUUCCAAAGUAGAAGAAAAAGCUAGGGAAAUUCCGUCAUCAAGACAAACAAGUAAAAUGGAAGACCUUUGCAGUUGCAGGCAUUCGCAUCUCACUGCUUUGACAGUACCAUAUCUGACCCAGAGACGACUGCAUCCUGCUCUUCUAAAAAGAAGGGCAAAACAUAAUCAACAGAUCUGGAACAAUACUGUCAGUGUACAGUCAACAAGGUCACUACAUAAUAUAUAUUAAGUAUAAUAUAAUAUUUAUACCGAGUAAAAAUAUGCACACCAUAUAGUACUUAGUAAGUGAGGUAAGCAGUGAGGUGCCAUAUCUGUUUGUCAUGUCAUAAAUCAUCUGCAUAUGUGACUUCUGAAAGCUAAUGUGUUUGAAAAUGUGGUGGAAGUAGUCACUCCCUUGUACUGAAUCAUUGUUCCGUCAUGUGUUCACCUGUAGUGAAGCAAUAAGAGUAGUAAAUUAGUGGGUUUAAAGAACGUGUUUGACAGCUGAAAGGUUUCUAGCUCAGAUGUGCAACUUAUUUCUGCUGUUAUGCAUCAGGAAGGCGCGUGUUCUAAAUGACAAAGUUCCCUUUUGUGUUAGCAUUUCAUUUUCAGUGGUUUCCAUAUUUAUCCAGUGUUAUUAUUAACACUCUGUUGUUGUUUAAACUGUUAUGGGAGCUUCGACUUUUGCAGUGCAUUAUGACACUUGUAGUAUUAGUCAGAGCUUUAGUGCAUUAUUAUUAUUAUUAUUAUUUUUCAAACAGGCCUUGUAGUUGACACGUCAGAUAUAGUUGUUCUUGGUCGCCUUUUUCAUGUGUUCUUUUUGGGUAGAAACACUGAGGAAACAGCACAUUUAAACGCCAAAGGCUGGCUGUUGAAAUAUUCCCAGAGUUGAUGACAAAUCUAGUUUUAAUAAAUCUCUAGGCCAGUAGCUUGGCUAAUGAACUUAGUAAUUACUCAUCAGUGGUUGGGAGAGUUUGGGCUGCGGUGGCUGCUGGGAGCCACAGCAACAGCACAACAGGCAACGAUCAACACAGUAUCUGCACAACAAUCAAUCACGCUGUCAGCCUCGCAAUGCUCACUGUAAUUUGCCGCUGUUCCUCAGAAAUGAGUACACCUUGUAAGAUGUAGCUAACGCCACAUUCCCAAACACCUCGCAGCCCGAUAUGUUUAAGCCAAUGAGACUGGAGCACAAUGAUUUAUCACACCGCCUUCGUGAGAAAAAAAAAAAAAAUCUUUAAAUAGCAAAGUGUUUCCAUCCAGGCCUGAAGUCACUUUGGAGUACAGUGCAAUGGAUGGAUGAAUGUGGCUUUCAGUUUAUAGUCCAGUGGUUUUUGUUAUUUGUUUGUUUUCCGCUGAAAUAUCAGUCAGAGAUUUCUGAAUGAGUUUAAGGCUCCAUUACGUCCCUGUAGCUCCACAAGUAUUCACAUUAUACGAAACAAUGCACACACUCGGACGGUUACAGUGCGUAAAAACCAGCGACGAUCAUGCUGCAGAUUGCUUUGAAAUCAACUCAUCAUUCAACCCUCAAUUUACAUCGUCGCGUCUGAAAGUGUUGUUGCUAGUGAAUACUUGCCUCACAACUUUUUUCUCACAACACUUUUCAUGAUGAAAAUCUUUGAUUGUACAUUAAAUAUCAUGCCAAAUAUCUUUGACAUGAUAUUGAUAUAGCUCUUGAAGUACUGACUAGACGGUUGUAGUACCUAUUUUAUUACUCAUCUAUUACUGUCAUUUUUCUUUAAAAUUUUUAUGACUAUAUUCGACCUCUUUUUUGCUUCAAAAUAUUCUGCUGACAGCCCAUUAAGAAUGUUUUCUACUUACUUGCUUUACUACUAGUACUUAAAUUUUAUCUGAUCACAACUUACCGCCCAAAUAUUUCAAUUUCUCAUACACUUGAUCAAAAUAACCAAUUUUUUCAUCAAUAAAGUUGUCUGUUAUCUGUUUAUCCCCAGUUUGCUUUAUUUCUUUUGCCUUAGUUUUAGACUGCUUUUGAUUUAAAUGUUGACAUCUAUUUGAAAACCCAAAACUAAAAGACAAGGUAAUUGAUUUGGUUUAAUGGUGGGAGCAAAUGUGUUUUUAUUUUAAAUAGAACCUCCACUAAAGGAGCUCAUAUCAUGAUUUAAAAACACAGCAUGCUGUCACAUUCCCCCCUCACUCUGCCUGAAGGAACCUCCCAAAUGGGAGACUGUCUGUCUGACUCUCUGUCAAAUUGCAACAAGUUCCGCAAUACAAUAAUUAUUUUGUCUCACGGUAAGAAUAUUGAUAGCAAUUGCUCUGGUGAAAUUACCUUACCCAUGGGCUGGUUACUUAGCAGCAUUCCAUUGUUGUCAAAGCUAUAUCACAUGGUGACCCUAAAACAAAAUGUUGAACUAAGUAGAUAUUCUGUCCCUACAGUCACCACUGAGGUCUACUCAUCUGUUGUCCCAUUAUCAAUAUUUCCUGAAAAUCUCACUUGAAUACAUGCAGAACUUUUCCAACUUAUUUUGCUGACAGACACUGUCAAUAACAUAGCCUUCUUGGCAAAGGUGGGCUGGACAACUGUAACAUCACAUUGGGUCUCCGACCUCUCCAAGGUUGCCCUGUCAAAAAUUCUAACAUCAGUAGUGUGCAGCUGACAUUUGUUACUUCCAAGGACCAUUCCAAAUAUGCAGAGAAUUAUGGGUUGAAUGAUGAAUGACUUGAGCUUUGAGGAAUUUUUAGGGCAUUUAUUCAGUAGUCUUUUCAUUGUAGAGGGUUACUGGUAAAUGUGGCUGAGUUUUCAUUUCUAUUGACACCGUUUACACCAUUUGUGAUAGUCUACAAAUGGAGCGGCGUCCAUGUAUCAGCGAGAAUGAUAAUGCGGCCGCGCGUGUGCUGAAGACGUCUGAUAUUUAAAUACGACUCAGAACACUUGGUGAAUAAUGCUGCAGCAUUCACAGAUGCUCCUCUUUGCCGAGCGCUAAAUCAUGCUUCUUAAUUCCCAGAGCCACAUCUCAAUCAAACUCCUUGCUAAUUUGAGAGCCACCCUCAUUUCAUUUUAAGCGAUUCGUUUUUGGCAAAUUUGUAAAUGGCCCCGAUGUGUUCCACAAUUUAGUCAAUUACUGUUUGAGCCAGCAGGACUCCGGGGAGCAGGAACACACAUCGCCUGGAGGUGCCAUCUCAAUAAUUGUUUCAGAAAAGUUGGGAAUGGAUUGCUAACGCUCUGCUCCACUUAUUGAAAUGUCAAUUUCAGCCGAGACCCUUUUACUUCUCUCUCACACACACACACUUUUUCUGACAUGACUGUUUCACCAGUGUGUCUGGACUCGGGCAGAGUUUAUAAUACAUCCACAAUGCAGAGAUGACAUUCUUAAGAUAUGUGUGCAGCUCAACAAAAUAGUGAAAGCAACCUAUUGAGAUCUUCCCUAUCUAACUCAGCUCAGAAGAUUUUAAGCAGUCAGUCUGGUGCCUCUUGUAUCGCACUCUCUGGUCUUCCACCUAGUGGACACAAUAGAUUUUUUUUUUUUCAAUCUAUGACCAAACCAUGUCCUUUUCAAAUGGCGAUAAUGUUACUCUUCCUCUCUGUAAUAGUUGCCACAAACCUCUUAAACUGCUCCAUUGUGAUGUUUAUUAUCGGCUAUUGACUGAGAUACGACAAGAGGGCAAGCUGUUCAAUCUGGGGCCAACCCAUCCUCAUGUCCACGGCGUAAUAUACUGACUUUGAGAAAGUGGACUUUUGUGUCCUAUGCUGACGCCAAAGGCAGCCUACUGAGUUGCAUGUUGAUGCAACACACUCCUUGCUAUAUCUGACCUCUGACAUAACACGUAAACGUUUAAAUAGCAACUGACACAAUGUACUUUACUGAACAAAAGGAAACCAUCCUAAGGCUCACCAAACCCCAACUUUUUUUUUUCUUUUCAACGUGAUGCGACGCCCACAGCAUCAGGAUAUGAUGGGGAAAGAGGCGCGUCAGUUGAAGACACAUAGACAUCAACAUGCAAUGCUGAUGGCUGCUUUUGAAGCAGUUUUGGAACAUUUUUGGAACAACAUUUGGAACAUUUUAUACCGAUACGUUUAUUUACACUUUACUUACUGUAUAUCUCUGGAGUUUAAAUAAAAUACAUUAUUUUUAUUUUAUGAUAUUUAGACAUGGUUUUAUCAAGUGCUUUUUUCCUUUAGUCAUUUUGAUGAAUAUGACUUUUAUCUGGUUCUGCUGCUGGUGGGACUUUUCUAUAACAAAUGAAUUUCUUGCAAUGAUGUCAUUUCACAAGGUUUCGGUUUCUUUACGUGUAAGUAGAUUAGAUUUGGUUCUUGAUCACAAAUGAAAUGAAGAGUAAUGAAUCAGAUCAAUUCCUUGAAUGCUCGGGGAAAGGUGGGCCCCAAGAUCAAAAAGGUUAAGAACCCCUGCUCUAGCACCAGCCCUGACGAGAAACGUGCCCCUUUUUCUGGAGCCUACUUUUUUUUCCUUAUUCUUGAACUCUAAAGACAAUUACUCCCUCAACAAUCUCAUCUCGUUUUUAGCCGCAGUUGUGUGACCGGAAGUAAUAGAAAUGAAUGGGGAAAUCUUCAGAAGUUUUUAGAUCCAAAUGAACUGAUCCAACAGCAACAAAAGAAUCUCGGUGAUGGUGAAUUGUCAUCGAAACUGUGACACCAAGCAGUUUAAUAAAUGUUCCCUGCCAUGUUUGAAAUCUGCCCUUCUCCUGUUAAGAACCAUGGCCUCAGCUUUAGAGAGGCCAGAAUCUAGAUGCCAUGACAAUGGAUUAAACCACCAGGGUAUUUAACAGACACAUCUCGCGGGCAACAUACUGACCCUUGGUUUUUAUUGAUUUGACAUCUUUCCCUUUUUUGUCAUAUUGUAAAUUAACAUGUGAUCUCAUCCGCACUGUCACCUGCCGUCUUGUUGGAUUAUUAAUUAAUUUGAUAGCAUUAAUCCACAUUAGCUUUUGAUGGGCACUAAUUAAGAUGAGAGUUCUUCUUUAUAAAACAGAACGCCGUGACCCACCCGACCUCAAUUAAUGAAGUUAUUAUCUGUUGAACAGUCCUGAUAAGAGAAAGCAGCGGGCCUUUUUUAUUUGGCUGUGCCCACAUGUCCUCCGGGCCAAUUAACCUGUGACGAGUCUGAUGGCUGAUAAUUAGUGAUGGGACACAAGAUGCGGAGGAGAGCACACGACGCACAACGCCGUCUCGCUUUGUUAAAGAUGUAACGCAUUUUUUAAGACAAGCUUCAUGGGAGUUACCUUCACGAUCAAUAUACAACAUUCAUUUGCCAACAGCUGAACAUUAUUGUCGUUCGAACUAACUAUACAGUAUGAGAAUUUGUUGGGAGCUGCUGCACUAUGAUGAUGCGAUCCUCCAAUGCACUGCUUACCUUCCUGAUGUGUGUCAUGCUCUUGUAUGGUCUUCCAGUUCUCACAGCAAACAGUCAGAUGAAUUCAUGAACCGACAUUCAAAUUCCUCUUUAUUUAGUCCGAAGACAUGGAGGCCGGUAUCCCAAAAAUAAAAGGAUCUGUCCGAGGUCUGUCUUGUGAAUGUUAGCUGUGACAAGUGUCCAAGUAAAGAUGGUGAAUAAAAGCAUGAAAACCGUUUAAGUUCAAAUUGAAUUUUAUGUAGAAACAAAGGAGUGAUAAAUGUCAGUGUAAAGCUUUUUGAUUCAGUUAAUGAAACUGGGUGCCUUCUUAUAGAGCACCAGAUGAUGAUUAUUGUUGUUUUUAUGAGUCUCAGUUUUUUUUUCAUUAUUUUUGAAUGCCGGUAAAAGUGUAAUGCUUAAGAUAGACAAGCCAAAUUUUUGUUUGGCUCCUUGGUAUCCAUAAGCACACGUGAAAAUGUUUUUAUUUUUCUUUAUUGCUCCUAAAUCCAAACACACAUUCACGGUGGAUACACUUGAUGAAGACUGCAGGUGUGAUUUUACUCCCAAAUAACCAGAUGUGUGUUUCACUGAUGCUUCAGUGCAGCAGCUUUAAACAAACUUUGCUGUGCUGUGUGUAUUACUGUCAGUGUUGAUAGGAGAAAAUAAGCGUGCAGCGGGUCAGCUGCCUACGUCGGUUCCCAUUACUGGACGGGUAAUUCCGCACUUCUGUGUCUAAGACCUUCAGCUCUUUCCUAUAAUUAACUUUUGCCUGAGCCCAUCAGGUUCCAUUCCAGUCUUGAUGUGUCCGCGGCCACUGUUUGAUGCAGCCAGCUUGCCAUUCAGUAUGUAUUAAGCUGUCAAAGUGGGCCGCUCUCCCAAGCUGCUUGUCUUCGCUAAACAACCCGGCCUAUUAACUCCUAUUGACUGUGACACACAUGUCCCUCCAAAAUGAGCGGCUCCGUAUUGAUUUUUCCUCAGCGCGGCUCACUUCCCCCUUUCAUGCCGCCAAGGGUGAGAUCUUUAUCCUGACUGAUUGUGGAUGUUCAUCGUAUCACGGUGCCGCAGUGCAAUUGCCAUUUGAGUGCUGCUCGCCCCCCCCUCCCUCCCGCGUGUCAUGGCUACUUGUGUGCGGUGGAGACAAUUAAAAGGCCGGACUCCCUCGUGUCCUCUCGAACAGUGUGGGUCAAAUGGAGCUGUAGACCUUCAACCCGGCCCUCCAGCUUAAUACAGCAACACAACAUAAGACAUAGGACAUGACAGGCGGCUCUUCUCCCCCCCUGCAUACACCGCGUACCGAUCAAUGCACCUGAAUAGACGAGAGCCGUAUCCUUUCCUCGGCGCUCGCUCUAACUGCUCUCAGUGAAAUCAACUCUGACAGCAAAUAUCGACGUCAUAUCAAGCGCCGCCAUGGAGAGAAAAAUGAUUAUCUGCUGGUGAAAUCUGUUAUUGACACGCACUGGAAUAGCCUCCUGUCGCCGAGGGAUUUAUCGAUACAGUUUAUAGUAUAUAAAUAUUUAUCUAAUAUGUGUCUGAGAUGGAUUCGUUCCCGGAAUAGAGCGGGUUUGUCUGGUCUGGUCUAUAAAGGACCGUCUUGUUCCUUCAGCCGUGACUCGAGCUGGAUUCCGUUUUUACAGGGAGCGCCAAAUUGCCUUUGCUCUUACGAUGCUGUCCUGAAGUUAAUAGUAAAACAUGUUGUAAUUACAUUUUAUUACCUCGCGCUCAAGAAAUUCCGAGUGGCUUCACUGCGUCACGCAUGUGUAUGCUUUUCCAGUCAUCUGGAAGGAGGCACUAGGAACAUACUUUUCAAACAACUUUCAAACAAAGGAGAUGUUUGUUGUUAUACAUAUUGUAUUACAGUUUAGAACAACAUGCUUCAAUGGCGUUUCUGAAGAAACUCUCUGAAAUCAAGAUCAAGUAUGAACAAGAAAAUUUACUUAAGCAGUGUGAAAACAGAGCGCGCGCUACCUGUAUGUCUGGGUUAAGAAAGAAACCAUAGUGGAGUGUGGCUUGUCCCCGUUGUAUAGGGUAACAGGCAGUGGACCAGAUGCCAGUUUAAAGCAUUGGUGUGCAAUUACUGGUACUCACAGUAGGGCCCACAUAAUGUACCGUGACUGCUAGAGCAGGCCGAAAGUUGGAAGAGCCGAAGAAGUAGUCUCAUAUAAAUAUAAAUCUAACUAAAUAUUUGAUAUAAUUUUUGAUGAAAAGAUUGAAAAUUGGUAGUCUCCAACUAUUCAAAGCCUUUAUUACAAGGUUUUUAUUUUAAGGGACAGCAAAUACUGUUAAAAUCAGUGUUACUAAUUAAAUUAUAAGUUUAAAAUAAUCACUUUUCAAUAUAGCUAUUAAUAGCUAUCAGGAAAUCAGACGUACAAUUAGGGGUAAUUAUAUAACGUAUAUGUUGAGUUAUGUGUAUAGUACUAUUAGGUGUAAAAUAUGAAAAAAUGUACAAUUUAUUUUGUAGUUUUUCUCUGACCUCAUGAGUGCAUGUGGCCCCUGCCUUGGUCUGAGACAUCAAGCUUUGUGACUAUGCUACAUGCAACGAAACAAAAGUCUUACUUUGCUACGGACCUAUUUACCCCCACAAGCCUUGGUCUGGGUGUAAAGGGAUCUAGUACAUCCAUAUACUGUAUAGCUCCUUCCCACAUCCCUUCUGUCCCUUUAAAUUACAAAUAAACAGACGUCUAACUGACAAAUUUCAAAUGACUUCCAAAACCAUCUGUGCUAUUGUCCUUCAGCUUCUUACCUUUGCAUUUUUAUUGAUCGCUGUCUUGUCACCUCUUAACUCGCGUUGACCCUUGUCUGACCCUCAAAUUUCACAGAGACUCUUUCCACCUUUUGCAGUAAAUUCACCAACACAAACGUUACGAGGACUCAGUCAGUGUUAACUUUGGAAGCAGAAUAUUUAACGUAGAAGGCCACUUGUGACAUGUUAUUGAUUUGUACUGCCUUUUCUCCCUGCGUGAUGCGCGGCGGCGAACAUGACUGGCUGUCUCAGGUCGAAGGCUGCUGUCCCCACCGUGUCUCCAUUACACUCAGUUUGCUGACUUAUUGACCAGCUCUCGUGCUCGUCACUCAACACAGGAGUAGUUUGCGGUGAUUGAUACCAGCGCGGCUCUAAAACCUCUUCUCGCCGCCCGUCCCUCGCCUCUCCUGAUCCUCUCUGCUCCUGUAAAGCCAGCAGUGAGUUUCAUUAAUGGUCUCUGCUGUUUAUGACACCAUAAUUAGAGUUGAGGAAAAGGCACCUAACUACCACAGUUCCACCAUACUGAGAAAGUCAAUAAUGCAAGCCCAACAACUUCUCACACAAUUGAGCCCCCUGGAAAAUCUAUAUGCUCGGCUGCUCGCCGCCUUUAUGCUUGUGUUUGAGGAGAAGCUCUCUGAUUUGUUGCUGUUCUGUCCUCCACUUUUAACUAAUCCACUGGAAUUGAUCACUCACACCAACGAUAUAAUUUAGCCUCCCACAGCCUCCGCAGAUGUGAGGGAUGUUUCCGCUGCGUGUGACAGUGUUGGCUACAGCAUGUGGGGCCGUUUACUGCUUCAUAAUUUGUUUUGUGUUUCCCCUCAUGUACAUGGAGCCUCGGCUGAAACAGAAUGACCGCUACGUCCAAAUUGUUUGUGCUGCUGCGCUGGUCACCGGGGAGCGAACGUGAGAUUGCUUUCCCUGAAAAUAAUUCUACCAGGUGGCCUGUUGGGCUUUUCCCCGUGUCUGCCUGGCUGUUGCGCGCACACAAAGAGGAGUUGUUUAAAUACAAACAAAUACAUUAUUUUUCUCAUCUGUCUGUUUAAUUAAAGAAGAAAAAAACUGCUCCUGUGGUGAGAAGAAAAGCAGUGUUGGCUGAAGGAAGGCAUCACAGUGAACAAAGGGAAGCAAAACGCUGAUCUGCGUUGUGCUGGAUUAAAUGGCAUAAUUUUUCUUCCAUUUAUUAUUGUUAUUUUUUUCAUAUUUGAGUUGUGGCGUUUUCAGUUUUUUUCAAGCACAUAAAACAAGACCUGCUUUUGUGGAUUUUAGUGUAGAAAUAAAACUGUGAUUGUGAGUGUACAUGACGCCCAUCUACACAUUAUUUCUGAAUAAAUUACCUUUGUGCUGCUGGUUAAAGUACAACUCAUUGUCAUGUGCACAUGUUGUUUGCAAACUGAAGUGUAGUCUUAAUGCUGAAACUGAUUUUGUUUGAAAAUCUUGAACUGAAAGCUUGCUUCUGUAUUUUUAACAGGCCGGGAGGAAAAAGCUCUCUCUCCCAGUGUUGGAGAAACUCCUUUGUAAGGUUGUAAAAUGACAUGUAGUUAAGCCUGGCAGUAGUUUGAACAAAAUACACUUCUAAUCCUGGAGAGAAAAUUACCAUUAAAAAGAGUAUCUUGAGGAUGUACUUCUACUGCAAUAUAGGCAUUUAACUCAGCAUGAAAAAUAAAUAUAUAUGUACACAACAGUCAAUAUACUACAUCAUAUGCAUGCUCAAAUAUAUCCAUGGUUGGGGGCGACUAGUAUGAAUUGCCUAAUGCAUUGAAUAUGAAUGUAAUUCAGUUACCAGCAGCAGAUUGACGUUGGAUUAUGCAGUUUAAGUCCUUAUCCACAAUGCACCGUGGUUAUAAGAACUAAAUUAUUACAUGUCAAUCCAGAGCAGCCACUCACGUUGUAUGUUUUGGUUUUACAUAAAUAAAUUUGGAAUGACCUCACUGAUAAUUAUUAAAUUACAUUGAAUUGAUAUUAAAAUACUGUGAAAUUUGAUCCCAACAAGAAGCUUAAGUAUUUGCCAACAAAGAAUGUUCUCAUGAGGUAGCUCAACCUGUGAAAAACCAUGGGGUCCAUCUUUGUUUAUGUAUUUAUUUACUUGAAUGACUGUACCUGUCAAAACCGUAUUCAGUGGUUACAUUGUUAUAGUUGUCCGAACAUAUUUACUUUGAAGAGUUUGACGUGCUACAAAAGAAUACUUUCCUUUAUUUCUUUUUGAAAUGUGUAAUUGUGUUUUCAUGUACAGUAUUUAUUUAUUUUUUAUUUUCAUUAUUCUUAUUUCCAUUCCAUGUACUAUAUGUAAUGUGACAUAGCUCAGAUGGUAGCGUGGUCGGCCCUUGUCUGAGAGGUGGUGUUGCAGCCCACUGCUUCAGUGUGUGAAUCGGUGACUUAGUGUAAAGCCCUGUGGUUACUGAAUAAGCAUGGAAAGUGCUAUAUAAGCAAGAGCCAUUUACCAUUUACAUCGGUUUAUACUAGAAAAAAAAAAUAAUGAUGAGAUAAUGAUUGACGGGUUGACAGGAUCGUGGACGAUGUUCAAAUACUCUCUAAUUCCAAGAUGGCUGCCUGAGCCUUGUUGUGGUGCUUAAGGCACCUGUGUUUAAUCCUCACGCUGAAGCGAGAACACAAAGGUAAAUUUGGCCGCUCUAACUAGGCCUAGCAAACAUGUUGUGAUGACAGCAGUGUAAUGACUUUGGUGACAGAAUACAGGAGUGUAAUCACAACUAAAUGUCAGACACCAUAAGGCCGCGGUGCAUAAUGGCUCCAGAUUGAUGCUGCCUCUUGUCUUAAUUAACCAAAACACGCUUUGUUUAAAAGGUAUUGAUUGUGGUUUGAGAAUACAGCCAGACAUCCAAGGCAGAAGAGAAGAGCGGUGAUUGACUUGUUAGAGGCGUGAGAGGUUAAGUAAGCGUCACUUAUGACAGUUACACCUCUCAGGUGCAGACUAUUAAUCAAAGUCUAGAAGUGCUGAGUCGCCUCUUUGAGAGCGGCUCGUCUGGCAGGAGAGGAACCGGUGCCGGUGGCCCGGACGAAGGAAAGUUAUCUGUCAUGAAUAAACCAGACGCACCAGAGACUGGAGCGGAGCGACGCCUUCCCCCCGGAGACCCCGCACCCUCUGGACGCCCUCACAGGGAGAUUAAAUGUUAGCUCCAACAUGUGCUUGUGUAAAUGUAAACCUGACUUGCCUGGUAUCGGGUCACCCCGACAGGAAACCUAACCUCUGUGACUGAAUGAACCGGUAUCAUAAUUAAAUCAUCACUGCUUCGCUUCGCCUCUGCCGGCAACUCUAACCACUGCAGGAGAGACGAUGACUGAGCUGAAGGAUCCAUCUCAGCCGCCCCCCUCUCCCCUCCCGUCGCCCCCCUCAUCUGUAUAUCUGUAUGUUAGUUUCUUACUUACUCUUGCAUUAUUCUCACUUACUUUUAAAUGCAGCCUGAGAAGCUCGGAAUAAGGGCAAUAGCUUGUCCGGCCUCUCAGGUGAAUGAACUCUGACGUGCCUGGCCCGGUGCCGUCAUGUUUGUUUUCCUGGCAGCUCUGUUACCUUAAUGCCUAGUAGCUUGUUGCAAUGCAUGUGUAAUGACUGUGGAGCUAUUGGAGCUUAUCCCGUUGACCAGGGGAUAUUAAAGAGGCUAGUUACAGAGGCCAGACUUUAAUUUGACCUCGGCCUGCCCUCUUCUCCGGUGAGGUGGCUCAGAGUAGCAGGCCGGUGGUUUGGGCGCUCUGUGAUGAAUGACUUUAUUUGCCGGGCAGAUUGUUACAGUUCCACACUAAUUGAAAGGUCAAGACAAGGAGCAAAUGUGGUAAUUGAAGCACUUGAUUGUGGCGAUUGAGCUCAGCACAGCUCUUUUGACCUCAGAGCGGUUUGUCGGCACUGAAGUCUGCAACUAUUCCAUUUAGUUGUCGGACAGAAAAAACCCUGCUCUUUGGAGCAGCUCUGUUGAGGACACCCAUUUAAAGCAAGUAUUCCACUUUUUAAUUCAAAGUUCGGCCUGUUCAGUCCAGUCAAACAGAACUCUGGAGCCAAGGAGCUGCAGGUCGAAGGACCAGUUUGAUUUAGCUUUGCUUUUGUCCGACAAUGUGGACAUCAGCUAUGUAAAAAAAGGGCCUUGAACAUUUCUUUAAUUUCUCUAAAAGGCUUCUGGACUCCAGUUUUCUGUUUUCUACAAUGGAUUUACCCAACUCGUUUUGAAAUAUCAAUCUUAAAGUUAAUGCUAAAGUUAUGAAAUAUAAUUAAUAAAUACAAGUAAUUGCUAUUGUGAAUCUUGAGAAUGUUUUCUUCAGUUGAAACAUCAAUAAAUAAAUGACCCUUCAGCGCAGCACAGUCAGUAGCAAGUAGUUCUCCUUCAUCUAUCAUGUUUGUUUAACACACACAGUGUCCUCGGUUUUUUUGCACCAUUGUCAGUAAAUUAUUUUCUUGGCUACUGAAAUGUUCUCGAGGCAGCGCUAGUCGUCAUUUGACAACUGAUCCCGUCUGAUAUGUUUACCUUUUUUAAAUUACAGACAACAAAAAAGAACACACAUAACAAAAAUAAAAAAUUCGGAAGUGAUGUCACUAUUGAAUGUGUUUUUGGAAAACUUUUUCCAACAAGAUGUGUAUUGAACACACAAACAAGCAGCAUAUAAAGUAUAUUCACAUUGAAGCGCGAGCGAAAACAUUAGCUACGUUCUUAGAUGUGAAGUGUUUUGAAAGCGUUCGAUAAAUGCCUGCACUUUAAUGUAAAUACGCUUUGCUGUUUGUUUGUUUUCUGCUUCCAAUAUAAAGCUUGCUGUUAAUAGCUUUGGAAAAUGACAUUGUCGCUGAAUAGUGACGUCACCAGGAAAGCAAUGUGCCAUGAACAAACUUCAGUGUUUUUUUUUACUUUGUUAUGGAUGUAUUUUAACUGCGAGCUGCAACAGAUGCGUUCUGCUGAUCUUAGUCUGUAAAUGAAAAAGGUCUACGUAUCGCAGCUGUAGAAAGGGUCGGUUGCCCCACCUCAAGAAAAUUUCAGUAACUGAGAAAAUAAUUUACAGGCACUAGUAUUGACUAACAAUAUUUAUUUAUAUAUUUUUUGGGUCACCAGUACUCAUUGUGGACAUUCUUGCAGCCUGAAGUAUAUAUAUAUAUUUGGAUGUGCUAAUUAUGAGGGCGAAACAAAAGUUUUAAAGACACUGUAUCCGGUAGUGCGACUGAUGUUGGACGAAGCGAGUGGAAUGUUUUGAGUCAUCAGCUUGGUCUCACCUAUCCACUCCUGUGUCCACCUUUAACAGGGUCAAUGAUCCUCAAUAGUUGUCCCUGUCUUCUCCCUGACCUGUUUUUUUGUCUAUACUUCCUGUCACAUGUGACUUUAAAUUUGGUAAAUUUAACUUGAGAAUAUCAGUGUUAAUAUGUUUAAAGGCAUAAUAUAUCAGUUAAAUGUGGACGUUAUUAGUUGCAUUAAAAAAAAUAAAAAAAAACUUUUUUUAUUGUGUUAAACUGCUUUAGUGUACAUUAUAUAAAUGGACUCUGAGCUCUCAGGACAGAAUUGUUCUGCUCUGAGGUAAACCAUUAUCCAUUGUGUACUGAGUGUUGCCCUUUGUGCCUUUACCGGUUGAUAUUUUUUGGCUGAGGCUCACACUGAUGUUGUGGGGUUUUUUUCAGACUGGGGCUUCCUGUGUUACUAGAUGGAGUUUAAUGGAUCUGUUGGCCUUUGCAUUUGCUUUGGUCCUGUAGCAGUCGCUCAGCUGAGACUUUGGCUGAACACCAUCCAUUUACACCUAAUGGCUGCUGCCUUCGUACGUGUUGAGUUGUGAACAACACGGCUGGCACGUGUGUGGGAGAGUUGAUCGAAAGCGCGUGUGUGUGUGAAAAGCUACAAGGACAAAUGCAUUCUGCAUUUAAUGAGUGUGGGCCAAAGGGAACGCAGGUAGUUAAAACUGAGAGUUGGCGAGACUAUUUUGUCCCUUGCUACCUGACUCUUCCGUUGCACCUUUACACUGCAACAUGCCACUAAACUACUCUGAUGGUCUCGCAGGACAGAUGUGGAGGCUACGGCGUGGCGCGAAUGGAAUUGAUGGAGCACAUUAAACUCUGGGCUUCAUCCUGCUUAAAUGCUUUUGCACUUUAAAUCUUUUCAGCGAGGAGAGAGAGCAGAUCAGAGAGCGGCUCCUACAUCAAUGAGGCUGUCGUUCCAAAAGCAUCGUUCGUGGAUAUCAAUCAUCCGCAACUUGUGUUUAAUCUAAUCCACUGUUGGAGGAGAACAAAGCUCUGUUUGCUAAGCAGGGCACAGCAACUCCCCCAAGUCUGCUGAAAUAUCUACAGUUUGACGGAGGUGUCAUUGUCUUAAUGCACAAAAAUGUGGAUGUUGUAAUUACCAUUUGCACAAACAAGACAGCAGCUUCAUUGAUAUGCAGCCGCUGAUAAGGUAGGAGCGUGGCAGCCAAACAAUAGCGAAGGCCACCUGGGGUUCGCCCGCACCAGGGACUCGGGACCGUCCUGCCUCCUCAGUCAAUGCGGGGUACCAACAAAAGCGGCCCGUCAUUCACUGCACACAAACGUUUUUAAUUAAUUUUCACUCAGCUCUCCUCGGAAUGCUUGGAUGGGGAUGUUGACCCCAAAGAUCUGCGCGUGAAUGUUUUUCCUCUCAGCCCGGGCUGUCGGAAGGUCAGCAGCGCCGGCUCCUGGGCUUCACAGCCCUGGACAGAGGAAGUGUCACACCAGCUGAGAGCGUGUUAGAGGCCAUACAUGACAUUGUGAAACUGACCUUUUCACACAUAGAUAUUUCUGAUUCACCAUAAGCAACUCAAGCUACUGCUUGCAGGUGGACUGAAUUUGCCUGGAUUGAACCUCACUCUUUGCAUUAGAUCUAUAUGUUAUGCGACCAUUUCUGGCUCUUCGUGCACAUAAGGACCAUGUCAAAAACUAUCACUUUGCUUGCAAGUGCAACUGUGUCCUGGGAACUUUCCUAUUGAUUCAGAGGGCAGCUGAUCACACAAACUUCUAAUUUUCUGUUGUCCACACAUGUUCUACAUCAUUAUGAACUUCAGUAUCUUCCAUCUGCUGGCUACUUUCCAGGUGCAUAGCUCUAAGGUUAAGGACUUAGAAACGACUUUUGCAUGAGCACAGAUCUGUUGGCCCCUUGUCUAAGCGGGAUCAUUCCAGUAUGAUCAUGUUGGAUGAAAUCCUUCCUGAAUCCGAUUAAUCUGCUGUGGAGACACAUGCUCGCCCUCUGUGUGAGGCUUUGGAGGACGAAUGGAAAUGGGACUUUCCUGUGGCGCCCACUGGGCUCAAGAGAAUAAGUGGUCUUAAGGUUCAAUCUAGUCUUAAGGACCCUCCUUUGUCUCCACAGGGGUUGGGAUAGUCUGAUUAACUACUUUGUUGAAAGCAAUAAUGUUUAAUGUGGACUUUAAUGUAGCUAUUUUGUUUCUUCCUUGCUGACACGGGGUGGACAGCGCGGUGAGGAAGUGGUUGGUGCUGCAGCCUCACCUCAAGGAGGACCCUAGCUAAGGUCCAGCGUGUCAAGUCUGUGUCUGCCCGUAGCUGUCCAUUUACCAUGGAUGGGACUUGAAUGGUUUUCUAUGUGUGCUGCAAUAGAAGGAUGACCUUUCCAGGGUGUCCUCCACAUAGCGCCCCUUGAAACUGGGUCCGAGUCCAGCCCUGCAUAAAGAAAAUGUAUUCAUGGAACCCAUAACUGAGGCAUGACUAAUGCGUUUUUUUGCUUUUCAGCUCAGCUCCUUUAUUUAUUUAUUUUCUAAUGCAACUAUUUCUUCUUGUUUUAUCCAACAAUACCACAAAGAAUCACUUUAACAUAGUUCCAGGGUUGUCACUCUUGACCUGCUUUACAUUGAGUCAAAUUUACCAUUCAGAAAAGUUUUUAAACUGAAUUAAUUCAUUAAUUAUUGACUGAAUAAAACUCACAAAAAGUAAAGUUUGAUGUUCACCAUAUGAUGCAUUGCGUUCAACAAUCCAAAUAUUUGGAGCAGCUGUCAAGUCAGUCACAAUUUUGCUGGUAUUUAAGUGAAAUUUGGAAUCCUCUCUCCAGCAACUCGCUGAAAUGUCGUCAAAUCUGGAGCAGAGGAUGCAACAGUGGACCACUUCACUCACAAUGAAUCGAUGUCCCGGAGAGACCGGGAGCCUUUAGUCUUAUGGAAACACUGCCGCAGCCUUCGGCAGCGGCCGGGUAGAUGCUUUCCUUCCUGUCACUCACAUUUGUGGUGAUGGCAAGAGAGGCUCAACGGCUAUUCCCAAACGCUGUGUGUAAGUGUGUUUGAGCCCACUGCCCCAAGCAAGUCUCAUUCCAUAGUGCUGUCACUCCCUGCUUCCUGGCAUCUAUUAACACCCACCAUUAUCAUGCUAAUCUACAUUGUAUGAUUACAUAAAGUAAUUUAUGCACAGUUCUAUUGGCUGCACGCUGAUGUGGCUCCUGUUGUUGAACGCCGUGAGAGAGAAAAAGAACAUCUCAUGACCGUUAGAUUCCAUCUAUUACCUCUUUUAAGCGCCUUGAAUGUUUGCUUCUUCCCUAUUAAGCGCCAGGCACACUUGACGUCCUGCUCGACAAACAGAACUCUCACAGGUUCCCACUCAAAUUCCAAGGUCUCUACCUACUGAGAAAAUAAUAGCCAAACUCUCGUAGUGCGCCGCUUUGUUCGUGAAGAGAUUCGAGAUUUCUCACAACCCUCUUUAGCUCCAUAUCGGAAAUUGCGAGAAUGUGUUUUGUGUUGAAAGCGCCAGGCAGGAGAUGAGCUCUCUUCCUCAUUUAUUCACAGCUAGUGGAGUAAUUAGGAAUGCAGAGGGCUGUUAAAUUAAAACUGAAUUGCACUUAUUAACAUUUUAACUACCAACCCCACCCUCUUUAGACACUAAACAAGGACAGUUUCGGCUCUAAUAUGCCUGAAGAAUCCCGCUGAGGAGACUCUUUAUGCAUCCCUAAAACAAAGGCGUCCUUUAACGUAAGAUCUCCCUUUUGUUUAAACAACCAAGCGUUUAACAUUCAGUGUAAUAUGCCGGGGCGUCCGCCAUGCUGUCAGGAGACACGCCACUGGAGCUUCUCGAACUCUUUGGUUAAUGGAACACUAUUUGUGGUCAGAUUGGAUAGCUAAUGGUGGUCCCUUUGAGGGUAACUCUCCAAAUUAAAUAGCAUGGAUUCACAUCUGUCAGACAAAACCAGGAGGCUCUUUGUAAUCAAUGACCCAAACCAAGAGAGGCUCCACAGGGGGCGCCGCUGCAAUGAUGGCAGCCAGCAUAAGGAGCCACCGGGGACCGAGGCUGCUCACCUGCACUCACAGCCAGGAUGGUGGGCCGGACCAGACGGCGGGAACCUGCGAGGGAGAGCGGCGUCGGGGUUAAUGUACAUUUAUAGAACGGGUCAAACUACUUAAGCCGGCCGCUGAUUUAUAAUGCAGCCGAGCAAUGUGACUAAACUGUAAAGGGAAUUCUUGUUUUUCUGUGCAAACAUUGCCGUCGGUGUUGUGUUAAAAUGUUGAACCCCAUUAAUUUUAUCACUCCCCCUCUCUUGUUUCUCUACGUCUUUAAAUUUUGUUUGGAGGAGAGACUAGCAAGACCUCCCGCUGCUGCGGAGAAUUUCCUCUCGUUGUUAAUUUUCCCUGCUCCAUAUGGCGCCACAGACACUUCACCUGCAGGCUGUAGCAGGCCGCGCGGCAGCCAGCAGACGUCCUCGGGCUCCGGCUGUCAUUUACACAGACCCGUGCAUCUGUCUGAGCCGAGCGCAACGCGAGACGGCGGAGACAGCUUUUCCCUUCACCUCGCAGCCUGAGUCCGGCACCAUCCGCCUGAUGACAGCGCAUCCUUUUUCCGAAAUGCAAAGGUGGCGGCGGGUUAUGAAGAGACACCUGUCACACACGCAAAUGCGCCCUCGCUUGUCAUAGGGAAAAGUCGAGUGGGAAUCCAGCCAAGGCGGCAAUGCCAAGUGAAAGCGCGGGUGUGUGCGUGUGCUUUCAGGGGGCCUAAAGUUUGCCGAUGGCAGAUCCAUGCAAGAAAGGCUUUCAUCCUGGCUUGUCAUUGAUUAGAGAAGGGUCUUUAAUUCCAUUUCACCCCAUGUUGUGAUUCAUUUGCAUGAUGUGUCAGGAGGUAAUGGAGUUUUGCUCCGCGGUUUGCUCUGAAAGUGCCGACGAUCUAAUGUGAUUCCAGCCGCUAGCAAAGAGCGUUCUGAUUUAUAAUGUCUCGAGUGUUUGCUCAUUAUUCCCCUUCUUACUUAUCCUCCUGUUGACUGGGAGAGAAAGUGCAAACACGACACUGUACAACAUUUCAAGCUUGCUUCAAAUUGGCCCUGUGAGUUCACCUGCUGCUUCCACCAAUGAAGAGACUAAAACCAAUUCAAACUCAUUGCAGGAACUCUUUUUCCAGAUUCAUACCUGCUUCACGAAGAAUGAGAUACGAUUGUCACUUCUGAUAUUAUUGCCAAUGCCCGAGCGUGACUACUGACAUAAUAUGUUUACUCUGGUGGCAAUUUUCAGCUGUCACAGUCAUAGCAGCUUCUGUCUUACUCCUCUGCACCUCAUCACUGGGUGCCUUUAUGUUAUUAUGUUUUUCAAACAACAGUGUGACGUUUGGUCGAAGUACAUUAUUAUUUAUUAUUAUGAUACAUACUAAAUUAUAUAAAUUAUUAUAUAUUAUUAUAAUAAAUAAUAACGUAUGACGAUCAAAAUUAUCAUUUAUUAUUAUCAUAAAUAAUAAUGUAUGACAAACCCAAAUUAUUUUUCAAAUGUCUAUCAAGUAUCCUACAUAUAUUUUUCUGAAGGUUGUCUUGUGUAAUCAGCAAGAUUCUGUUGCAAAGCAUCAUGGGACUUGUGGUUUGACUGCUGGUAGUGCUUUUUCAAAGUUGUGGCCGCCAGGUCUUGUUGACCGACUUUAUUGCAACUGUAGGUGGCUGAAAUUCAUGUGAAAUUGUAUCAGGUUGAGGAGUUUUGUCCCCCACUAGAGCCUGUGUGCAUCUGCUGCCUCAAAACAAAGAGAGAAAACUGUCCAAGUCGCUUUCCAAGCUUUGGCCUGAACAAGAGAUAUGAGUAUGAACUUGAGUAUAAAUGCCAUUGUACGAAAUGAAAUUUCCAGAUGAACUGUUGACAUUUACCAUUUCUACUUGCAAAAACAAGAACUCGCUGACCUGCACACUAAUCUUCAUGAGACGAGGAUUGAAGAUGAUUUUUGUGAGCUUCAGGUAAGUUUGGAAUUAAAUUUUGUGAUCACUAGGCAUACUGAAAAAAUAUAUCAAUACUCCAUAAAGUAUACUUGUAGGCUGUGUCCAGAUAUGCAGAUAUGAUACUCACUCAAGCUUGUCUUCUAGUCGAGAUACAGACUGAAGCAGAGAGAAGUCGACCUGCAAGACAACAGAAAGUCUCCUGGAGCUUUCAAAAUGAGGAGAGCUGUGCAGGGUUCCCAUGACUUUUAUUUGAGUUAUUUGCGAAGUAAAAAUGCCAUUUUCUUUUCUAAAAAUCGGAUUUUAUUCUGUUCUAUUGAAUUAUUUAUCUGCCAGUCUAUUUCUGUCAUGUUACUAAAAAAUAUUUUUAUGGUCUUUGUAUUUGUAUGUCAUUUUUUAAAUCCCAAAUUUUAGCAUUGUGACAAGCCACGUUUUUAUUACUUGAUGCUGGCCCAUAAGCCUUACAUUUUAUGUUACACCUGGUCUCAUACAAGGAAUGGGAAAGUUGAACUCCACCGGAGGAAGUGUCACUGAACAGACGAUAAGGAAACUAUUUCACAGUUUAUUUUCACAGGUAAUUCUAGUUGUUUCUGCGUGAUUUAAAUGAGAAGCUAUGGAUUUCCCGUUAAACAGACCCCCAAAUCCUGUCAAUCAACUCAUUUUGAUGCCCGUGAGCGCUGCUCGUCCCUCACCACUGCACCAUGCCCCUCUAUUUUCCAUGAAUCCUAAAAGAUUCCCGCUCACAGGGGUCUCAUUUUCCCAUUAUGUCGGAGAUGAGACGGGAGGUUAGGGGAGGCGGCUAAGGGGCCCAGCUUGGCUCUGGGUUGGUUUUCUUGAGUAAAGUUGGGAAAAAUGUGGUGAUAAAAAUUUGUCCACCUCUGGGGGAGGCCACACUCAGGGUCACAGCUAAAUCUGCGCGCCGCGGGCUCAAGGCCAGCCCAUAAUUCCAAAGGAGACGAGCAGAGAGCUGACCUCAGUGCAGCUGGGGCUGAGCCGCAGCGAUUUGUGUCCACCUGCAGCAUCGUCUCUCGGAUAACAAUGUCGGAGGUGUUUCUCGCUCUCCUCCUUUCUUGUCACGCUCCGUGGAAGCACCUGAACGUCCUUGCGUGCUGACCAUCUCCCAGAACAUCACUAUUCAUCCCUCACAAAAAUCUCGCAUCUGAAAGAAAAAUCCAAUCAAUAUGUCAUCUGUUGAAAAUGAAAGCGCUUGCCUCGCGUGUUUAUCGAUUUUCCAUUAUGACAUUAUUGCAUCAAUGCGCCAUCAUGCUAAUACCUAUUGUGAGCUGCGAUUCACUCGGCUGAUAAAAAUGUAAAUUAAAAUGUUUUAUGGCCCUUAUUAAUCUCAUGUUGAUGUCUCACCAAAUUAAACGAAAAAAGAGUGGGAAAGGCAGGUUGUGCUGCGAAUCCAUCGCUGAAUUAAAAAGGAAAUGAGCAGGGGACACAACCUGCUUUUUUUAUUACGACUGUUAAUGAAAAAAUGUUAUUGACUUGAACAAAUGGAGAAUACACCUGGAAAUGUAUAUUAAAACCCCAUUCCAAUUUCUCUCUCUGUGAACUUGGCAAUUAUAGUUAUUUCAGCGAUGGUGGGGGAUUAAUUCCGCCUGCAGACUGAUAAUGUUAGCCGUGUUAGAAGAAUGGAUAUUGUGUUGGAUGGGGGGUCUCUGGGUAUUUACGUGGAGUGGGAGAGAGCAAAGCUUUAUUUAAUUGAAAGCAUGAAUCAAUAACAGCUCCAGCACUUUGUCAGAAGCCCUGUGCAAAAUGAGCAAGUAAUUUACUGCAGACGCUGGCAGGGUGGAGCGGACGCCUGAUCGAGGCGUGCCAGUGUCCUGAAAUAACGCCUGACGCUGGGUUAUAUUCUAACCGCUGUUGGCUGGAGUGUCACGCGAGGAAUCCACUGCAGUCUGGGCAGAAAAAGAAAAAAAAGUUGAUUCAUUCAAAUUUGAUAUUAAAUAUAAUGCGUUUCAUUGAUCUGCUGGUGGAGCUUUAAAAUGUCUCAGCAAGUUGAAAGAACAUUUGUGUCAAACGUCGAACACACCUUCUGCAUGCUUGCAUACUAACAGAUGGUGUGAUUUUUGACACACAGCCACAGCUAUUUGAAUCCUUCUUUCACCUUUACAUGGUCCAAUUUGUCUCCAAAAUAGGUCAUUCUAUUAAUAAAAAAGUAAAUUUCAUUUCACUUCUACUGGUUUUUCGUGCACCUUUUUUGGGAUCCAAUAGUUCUUAUUAAUUUUUCCUAUUAAUUCUUAUUAAAGCGAGGUAGGAUGCUUGAUAAUAAAAAAAACAUAUUGUUAAUAAGUUUUGUUAUUAAUGACAAUAGAUAUAGUGUUUUAAUAUUAGAUAGCAGAGUUAUCUGAUUUAUAUUUAAUCUGUAUGCAGACGCUUCAAAACAUCAGGAUGAAAGUGCUCCAGUCAAAUCUUACCUGCACAAUGCGCUGGUGGGUGUUUGUACUUGUACAUCCUGAACAUCUUUAGACUUGAAUUGUGAGAAUCCUCCAGAGAACAUCUGUCCGUCUGCUGGCAAAACAACUUGAAAAGUUGUGAAUGAAUUCCAGUGAAAUAAAUAGAAGCGUGCACAAUGAGAGAAAUAGAUUCUUUUAUUUUGUAAGUGACAGGACAGACAGAGUCUUUUGACAGUGAGAUGGAAUGACGGGCUGGUUGGAGACCAGCAGCCUAGCAUGAGCGAAUAUAUUGGACAGUAGCAUUGUAGACAGUCACAGUCUCUGAGGACACUCCAAGUCGAGUGCUGAAGUGAAGGGCUCUUUGGAUUGACUAAGAUGUGUUCACAGUCUGACUCAUACUGUAUGUUCUUGGCUAAAUUUGCUCUUUAUACCAUGUUAUGCAAUGGAAUUAUAUGUAUUGUUGGAAAUAUGACAUUUGAAAAAGCUAGCCGUUGUGCGUCCAAAAUCUUAAAAAAUCUUGUCAAUUAUAAGUUUUGUUAUAAAUGAUGAUAAAGUACCUUUUAAUAUUUGAUGGUAAAAUGCUAUUGUGCGUCCAAAUUAUCAGUUGAAGUGAAAAUACAUUGCGUCACAUGAUAUAGGGGAUUCGCCUUUACAUGAAAUCAUGCUAACUUAUUUCAUUAAACCUUUUUUGUAUUCUUACAUUCUCAGUGCUGAAAAAAUAUUUUUGAAGACAUUUGCUAAGGAGCCACAUAAGAUUUAAUGAAGGGCUACACAUGGCAUUUUAGGCAGGACCUGGUUCUGCAACUGCUGAGCUUCAAAUUACACUGUAAUGGGUUUGUUUUAUAGUAAUAUGUCACAAUAACAGAUACAAGAAGUCCUUUUCACUGUGGAACUGCAAUGCAGUUUUUAUUUUUAUUUUUUUGAAGUAGAAUUCUUAUUGGAUAAAUAUGAAAAUGCACACCACAAUACUAGUUGUGGUGGCCGUAAACAUGGCCGUAACGGUAAAAAAAAGUAUUAUUUAAACUUUUCCCACCCGUUUCUCACAUCUCAUCUCUCUCACUCCACUAUUUUGGAGUGAAAGCAGAAUGCUGAAGGUAAAUGAGUGUGGUGUACUCUGGCAGGCUUCCCAGUAUGUAAAUUCAUCUGCUAAUUCACAACAUGAUUUCAUCUCAACUCCGACGCAAAUGACAAUUUAAUUGAAAAUGAAAUCUCAGAGAGUCUCCAGUGUGCCGCGCCGUAUUUCCAUUUUGUUUUCUUAAACAGGACUUUUUGUUCUUUUUCCGAGCCAUUUCCUAAAAAUAAGGACUGAAACUAGGCGGGUUCAUAAAAAGGCGCGGUGAAAUUAGCAUGAUGCUUGGGCUGCUUGUGCGCGGAACUUAGCCAGCUAUUAACAUUUGUGUAUUUUCAUUAUGCUAAUGGUGUUAGCACAUGCCCACAGAUUGCCACCAGUGGUGCCGUAAUUCUCUCUCGCUGUUCAUAAAGUGUCCGAGUGGGUCAUUUUGAUUAUGACGCGCUAAUUACAUAUUGCAUUCCCUCUCCGCGUUGCUCCCCUCAAACUCCGAGCCAGUCUGUCUUUUAAUGGUGAGCUUUUAUGAGUGGGAAGGAGGGAAAUGGCGGGAAGGAUGUCGGCGUGUGCGUUCCUGACGGCGGUGCUGCAUCCAUGCCUCAGUGCUCCCCUUUAAACUUCCUCAAUUGUGUUUCACAAUAAAUAGAUGCCCAAGCCUUUAACUGCCAGUGUUAGAUUAGAUACCAUUAGAUGUAAUAGAAAAUUCGCCCCCUGUAAUAUUUUCAUAAGAGUUUGAGGCGUUUGAUUAAUCUGACCACAUUUUAUUGCAUUAAUGAUUUUUUUUUUCCCCUCUUCCACUCUGCUGUAAAGACACGGAGCACAGACUAAUGCUGUUGCCUCGCUCCCUCUCUGCUUACUCUCAUUCAUCCUCAGCCGUUAUUGCGAUGCAUUGUUGAUGAGGUGAGUCGGCGUCUUAUGUGCUUUCACUCCUAAAGUCAUUCCUAAUGGAGUGGAAACCUUAUAUUUUGUUUCCUAAUGAAGCACAGGAGUGGCAGACAGCUCCGCUCCAGCCGUCCCGUGGCUGCCUGCAGGUCGGAGCCAUCGGGCCGAGCCACGAUGCUCCGAGGGAAACCAGCGGGGGAGGUCAGACCGGGGCGGCGGGCUGCAGCAGAACUAUGGGCGCGGAUCUAAAUAAAGAAAAAUAGCUGCGGGGGAAAGAGCCCGAUGUGUUAAGUAAAAAUGGGUCGUGGUAUGUUUGUGUACACGAUCGGUACAUCUAGGUUGCGCGUAACACAGCUAAAUGACCCUUGAGUGAGUUUCUUCAUCAUCAGUGAGUCAAAAACAAAAGUGGAUAGCGUCUCUUUUAAACGUGGUGCUCUUGGGAGGAACAUAUUAAAGUGCGUCGACGUCAUUCGUAGCUCGGAUUUGAACCCUCGCUGCUGCUGUGAUGUGGCUUAAAUGUGUUGUGUGUGUGUUAAAUGUGGCUUUUUUUAUAGAGUCAUGGAGUAAUAAAGACCUAGGCCACGAUGGGGUUCCCUCAGAUUUCUCAGUUGAACUAUGAAACAAAGUGUUCAGUGUAGUGACUCUUAAGAGGUCAGAGUUCAAAGGUGAGUAUGGCACUCUCCACUGCACUGUUGCGUAAAUGGCCAAAACAAGGUUGUGUACACCAAACAAUAGGUCCUUCUUAGGUGCUUAAAAUUACCUGGCCAGCUUUGUCUUUCGGUUUUAGUGUACUCCACCAUUGGUAAGAAUUGGAAGGAAAAGUAGAUUGUCACCACUUGUACAAUUUGCAACCUAGGUAUUUGAGGGUGUAUUUCUGCACGUACUAAAACGUGGCCGCUCAAGAUGGAAACAUACAAAGCUAGUUGUUGAAUUAAAUGAUCUGUGUACCACCUGCUGUUUCAGUUUUCAAUGUCCACCCAUCGUCUCUAUUUUCAGUCACAUUUUUUAUGAAGCUUUAUUAUUUGUUUGAGUGCACUUUGCAUAUAUUAGAAAUGAGGCGACCAAGUAGGAGAAAAUACACCAUCAACAGGCUGCAGAGAGAACAGUAUUCCCCAAAGCUCAUGAUACUGGCAGCCACCCAUUCAAUGCCAUUGAGAUGUCAUUGAUCGACUUAGUAAUACAAGUUGUUUUUUGGUUAUUCAGUCAUAACAAAACUGAAAACAUUUUUCACGGUGGAUAUUUCAGUCACAACAAGCAUUUGUUGGGUCAUGACAGAGAGGUAUUGGCAAAGGUAGUGAUGGACUGGUGAUGUUUCAUGAAACAGUGUGCUAAUUGUCAGAGGCCACUAGAGGGCACUGUCUGCGCCACAAUAUUUGACUUUGAACAAACAGUUUUGUUAGAUUACCUGAAUGACAAACCCAGAGCGCCACCUAUAGAGCUCUGAAUAUUAGGACACUGUUUCAUGAAACGUCAUCGACCUAUCACUUGGCAGAAGCAUAUUGCUUAAAAAAAGCCUGCAUUAUGUUUGCCUACCAAAAAUAUAAAUUCACACGUGUCGGCUUCAAAUACAGCUUCACAACCACAGGAUAAAAUGUUUUCAGAUUUAUAUUGUACUCAUUCCAGAAACUAACCCCAAAAACAGACACCUCUUUAACCUCCAGACUCUUUCAAUAUCAUGAACACUUUUUUUUAAAAACAAACCAUAAAGUUUUGUAGCUUGAGAAUAAAAAAAAGGAUUUCAGUCAUUCAAGGGGAGGAAAUAGGGAAGUAGACUGAGAGCUUGGUCAGUAUGGAAGUAGACCUUAGUAGUGAACCUGAGCAGCGCUCAAACUGCCAGGACGGUUUCUGGCUUUUUCAUCAAAGUCAACGUGGUGGGUCUAAUAGAUGUCCUACAAUAUCUGUUAAUACCAGGCAAAUAUGAUGUCUUGUGUUGUGUUUGUCAUUUAGCACCAAGCUAAAGACUCCCAAGCUGCAGGUCACACUGUCUGUUUUUAACAUGCCCACCUGAAAGCACAUAAAUGCUACUUGAUGACUAUUAACUGUCUAUUUUUGUUUUCCUCUAUGAUGGGCUAGCGACUUGUCCAAGAUGCCCAAAGUAACUCUCCCAAGCUGCAACCCAAAGCCACCGUGCUUCAGGAAUAACCCUCUCUCAUCCUUGACUCUAACAAUACUUGAUCCUAUCCUGCCGCAUGACUGCGCUCCGUGACAUAUUUGGGAUGGGAAAGAAUGAAAGCCGAGUGUGAAAAUGAUCUUUAUUCCUGCUCUCACUUUAAUCAGACUCUGCAGGCAACGAUCGCUUCUAUUCUGAGCGGCGGCUGCACAGCAAGGUCACUUUUGAAACAAAAUGUCUCCUCCUCUAUGUAGGUCAGCGCACAUUCCGUCUCACAAACUUCCCUCCUUGCCGCUUAUAAUUAAACACACACAAUUAUCCUAAAUUUAAUAGGAUUUCAGACGCAGGCUUUUAUUUAAGAGGUAAUGAAUAAUAUUUUAAUUGCAUAUGUAACUGUGAGAUGUGCUUGUGUUUUCAUGUUUAAUUACUUUGCCACUUCUUUCCUCUGUGAUUUUCCUUGCGUCUCAGAAUGCGAUCAAUAGAAGUAUUCCGCCGUCACUAAUUGAGGAAUAAUCCAGUGGGGUUAACACACUGCGCUGCCUUUUAACAUACGGCCGACGUCCCAUUGUAUGUGGAGGUCUGUGAUUAACGGCGUAAUGCGUGUCAGGGAAGUAGUUUGACCUCUGAACUGAUCAUUACUCAGCACAGCGGCAUCACUCAAACGCGCAUCUCUUCCUGUCUUGUCCCCUGAGGGACUCGCCGAGCACCCACUGUAUCCUCAUUUGCAUUCGGCUGACCGAGGUCUCAGUAUGGAUGAUUUACCGCUGGCUUUCAGGCUGUCUCAAUGAGGGACAUGAGAUUUAAAUGCUGUUUGAAGUGUCACAGUUUUCCCCAACCAAACCAUGCUUGCUCUGCAGUUAGUUCCAACAACCAGGUCUCCAAAAACUCUUCGCAUUCCUUUUAUUAUGACUAUGAUGCCAAAGGCUCUUUUUCCCAGGACGGUCUUGAGAAUGAGACUGGGUUGAGACUCUCAGAGCUUAGAGUGUUUCAUAUGGCUGUAGUUGGAGUGUUAAGAUGUGGUUGUGAGUGAAGGAAGCAAAUGUUUGUGAAGCACCAAUAUGAGAUGUAUUGAGGUAGUUGGGAUGGUCGGGGCUUCGCAGUGAAUAGCAAUUGAAUCACGGUUUUCACCAAAAGUGAUCACUUACUGGGCUUUAGAUUGUGACCAAAUCUUUUUUUUUUUCCAAUCACAUUUGGAGAUGCUGCAACAAAAUGACAAACACACAACCACAGUGAGACCUGUCAGUCAUUGCUGUGUGACCUGCCCCCGUCUGAGGUUAUGUGUCAGUAGGCUGCUGUUUCAAUGAGCGGUGGCUGGGAGGAAGUAGAUAUACACUACUACACUACUCCUGCUAAACACUGUAAUAGUUUCUAUUGAGUUGCACUUUGUGACUGAACUCUGUAACUGCAUAUUCAUUCUGUUAGUCCUUGCUAAAGUAGUUUUAUGGAUUUAUCUAUUGCUAUUUAUUUUCAUUGAAUGACGCUAAAUCUUUUUUUUAUUUCACUAAAGCAAUAAAAAUAUCGAUAUUUUUGAAAAUGCCAUGAAAAAUUAUGAUUGCUAUAUUAUUCAAAUAAAUAAAUCAUGAUCAAGUUCAAGAUUCAGGGCCAAGUGAGGAGCUCCAGUCCUGGUCGUCUGCUCCUCCUGUGAAGGAGGGUGCCUGUGCCUCAUGUCUUAAUUCAGGACUGCAGUUUUUAAGGGUCGGCAAGGUUUGUUUGUUUUUUUUAAUCUGAUGCAGCUGACUUUAUAAAACCAUGUUGAUUGCUUCCUCCGGGGAAAUAUUCAGAGUCUUUAUCUGACUUGGCAAAACAGACAAACAAGUCCCAGUCCAAUAAAUGAGAAACAUCUUUUAUGGACUUUCGCUUUAUUUACUUAUUCUCUCACUUCGACAAAUGACAUGUACUUACUCCAGAAUGGGAAUUGCUCUUUUCACGUCCAGUAAUGUCUUGGCUGGGCUGUGUAAUUCACCCUCUCUGUAUUAUAAUGGCCCUGUGAAUGUCUGCUUUUGGACGCAGCGCUGGACAGAUUGUUUGGACUCUCUGGAUGGAGGCGCCAUGCUCGGCUGCCCAGCCUGAGGUUUAGAGGUGCCGAGCGGAAGCCGGCGUCCCACUCCAGCAAGCAUCCCGGGAAAGCAGGGACGUGCACAUUUGAAUAAGUCAUUUCAUUGUUAAUUUAAACGGUUUUAAGACUUCACUCCAAGGUAACACGGCGAAGGUGUGCGGGAGCGCAGCGGAGGUGCCCCGGGCUGUUUCUUUAAUAUUAGACCGAAUUGAAUCCUGCUUUACCGAACUUGUGUCAUAUUUCAAGCAGCUUCUGGGCUACAAAAACAAAAAAAACAUGAAUGGAUUUGUUAAUUUCAGCCCACUCCCGGAUGUUGACUUCUUGUUACCGCUCCCGGUCUGAUCUAUGGUGUUGUCUUGUCCCCGCCUCUGGUCCGUUGCGGCUGUGUUAUUGGGUCAGGUGAAUCUAUCAAGGACGCAGAGCUGGGCAGUUCACACACCGGGGGGAUAAUUACACGGUGAUUGGUGUCCGCCUGCGUUCCGCUCUCACUAUCUUUGUCUCCUCUUUGUUAGCAAUGCCCCUCUCGUAAACUCCAGCCGCCACUGGGAGAAGCCCAGAACGCUUCUCAGUCCCUCGGUCCAAACCUUGCUCCGUCUCCAGGGCCUGCUCUUAAAACCAUUUGAGGAGGAAGCUUUGCUUCACGACGUUGGUGGCUUUGUUGACACCUGCAGCUGACGUGAGGAGAUCACGCUUCACUUUUAACAGCAGCACUUCACUGUCUAUUAUUAACUUCACCUUCUCUCAUGGAUGAUUCGUCUCUAUUCCUUCCUGAUUCUUUAAGUGUCUGUCCGCCCCUUUGUCAUUUUUGGGUCAUUAAGACAAACUGGUGUCACUUUGGGUGAGUUCAAUUUGAGUUUUCUUGUUGAGUUGCUUCCAAUAAUGUGGUUAAACAACUAAAGACUCAUGUAAUGUACACUUCACUUCAUUCAUUUCCAUAAAUGAAUCAUGACGCGUGUACUACUGUGUCACCACCAUAGCACCGUAUUGUUCCGUCUGGUUCGUCCAGCCUCUCAAGUUUCUACUCUUGAUUCUGUGGCUUUCACAACCUACUCUUUUGACAUGAGCCGCUGUGUCUGUCCAACCUUCACUGUCUUCACCUUAGUCCGAACCCCAUAAACAUGUCUUUGUUCCUGACCUCUGAUUCAUGUUCCUCAAAAACGAUUUUGUUUCUAACCUCUUGCAUUUGGAACUGCCUUCAUGGUUCCUACAUUGUUUGUCACAAAAGGUUUUGGGGUCCAUGAAUGUCAAGCUUGUAGGUGUUAGCAAAUGCAAGGCCAAAGCCAUUGCCGGGCUUCUUGACCCAAUAUUUUGGCCCUUGUUUUAACGCAAUAUAGUCUUUGUUUCUGUGUGGCAAAGCAUGCUCUAUUUAACAAAAGUCCCUCACCUCUGCUUCUUUUCUCUUUUCUCCCUGUAAAUCUUAAUUGUUUUCCUUGUUUUUGGACUGUCUCUGGAGAAAUUGCUGUUUCUGCACGCACCAUUUCCUCCUCACACCAUGUCUGUAAACUCUUAAGCCCUUAUAUGCCUUUCAAAGAAUUACACUCAUAGCAUUGUAUCUUGGCGCUCCCAUUCAAAAGAGACUCCCGAACGAUAAAAUCCUUGGGUUUUGAACUCAAAUGAUCUGAAGGCACAUCCACCUGGGUUUUUUUUUUUGUGACAUUUAAAUUUCGGCGGAUAACCUUCCUCCCCGUCUUGAAAUGUAAUGCCUAUCACCUUGCAUGGAGAUUGCAUCCUCUGCCCUGGUCACACUUUGGCUAUUUGCACUCCCAGGAUUUAAGAGGUGUUUCAGCACCGCGGACAGUUCCUCCAGAGACACGCUCUCACCUCGCCCCCACUUUGUGACUGGGCACAAUGGGGCAGUCAAAAACAGAGAUUUUGCAGCUUCUUGUACAUGAUAAUGUUGUGUGCGUGUGCAGACGAGUCCACUGAGUCGCCCAGCUCCCCCACCUACACCCCCACCGUCCCUCCAACACACGCAUAUCAUUCACCCAGAGCCAUUCUAUCUGUAUGGAAAUUUGGGCUCCACAGCUGGAAUCCCACAAAGCACUGUCAUCUACUAAUAGUUAUUAUCUCUUUGGCCUUCUCCCUCACAAAACCCCUGCAAUACAAGCACAUCGCAUCUUUAUGGUAAUGCCCUACAAUUCAGCCCCAAGCUAUGGCGCAUAGACCUUUCUUAUCAUUACGAUAAUUCCCAUUCUCAUUUGACUCCUCAUUACACCAUCGAAACUGCUCAGGGUCGCACGUCGACAAAUUCCUGCAUCUUUCUUUAUUACACUGUAGCAUAAAGUGUUGAUACACAAACUCUCUAAGUAGUCUGGGAACAAUGGGACGCACUCCCUGACAGUAAGAAACAGAGGCUGCUUCACAGUCAUGUCGAUCCUUUCAGAGCCCCACCUGGGCAUAACAUAACCUAAGUAAUAGCAAUUAUAAAUAACCUUCUUAUUUCAGAUGGUGGAAAUAAGGUGAAUUAUUUUUAUUCAUAUUUUUAUGGGUGUGGCAUUAGAAGCAGUGAACCGACAUUGCUCCUAAUUUAUCUCAAAGAUCACACUCUCAGGGCACUUCAUAGAUGAUGAAAUAUCUCACAGAUAUAUUGGAGCUGUGGCAUUAAACCCUAAAUUCACGGUGAAUAUAGUGUUUUGGAAAAUCAACUGAAAAGGUAAAAACAUAACAAGUGUUUUAUAUAACUUGCCCAAAACAGGUGCUGAGUCAUUUUGUGGUUCACAUCUGUACAAGAAUAAUCUAUUAAUCUGCUUUAAAUGAUUACUAUUAUUUAUUUUUGUUAGUAUCGUGGUAUAUAAUGAUGCUAAUAACGUGUGUAGAUAUUGACAUUGCUGUUAAAUAAAUAAAUGUUGGCGUCUGAAUUUAAGAAAAAAAAAAAACAAUCAUGCAGUUGAACAUAUAUCAUUGAACCAACUACUGGAACUACAACAAAGCAAAAGCACCACACAUCUUCAGGUUCUCAUUUACCACACCAUGAAGCUCACUUUUCCCUGGCAUCUCCAGCAUUCUUCAUCCAACACGUCCGCAGCCUACUCCUCUAGAAUUGACUUUAAAAUGUUACUGAUAACUUGUGAAGCCCAUCCUGAAGUCAGAGCCUUCCCUGUCAGGCCUCCUCGACUCUGGAACAGCCAGCCAGAGGAAAUCUGAAGUGCGACAUGUUCCUCCAUAAUACCAGUAGAAGUGUUCCUGCUUUUGCUAUAUUCCACAAUAAUAUUAUAUUUCUGUGAUAUAUACUACACACCAUGGAUUAUUUUUUUAUAAUCAUAAAUGAAGCUUAUGGUGCCAGCCCAUGUUAGCACCAUGAGCUAGCAACCUGUCUCGCGUCGCGCCCCCCUACUCCCCAUCAUGGGGCAGGAUGGUCUUCGUCUCGACGCUGACUCGCUGGAAUAAGUGGUGGACAAUGAAAGCCAAAAUCCCACCCUUCCUCAUGUUGACUUAUUACACAAAAUGUCAACACUAUUGUCUUCUUUUUAGACAGAAGGGUCAACAGAGAAAAGGUGCUGAAGUUGUGCUCUAUUUCUCGCUGGUGCCACGUCCGCCCUCAGGUCUUCGAGGGAAGUUCUCCACGGGCAGGCACACAGCGACUGAGCUGGACCUCAGCGUGGUCGCGUGUGUCCUUGCACCUCUCUGUAAAUGCCCACACAAAACCACUGAAUAAGACCGAAAAAAAAGUAAUUGCUGUGUGAUUGGCACCGCUCGUCCUGUGCAACCUGUGUCCCACACUUGAAGGCUGUCCUUAGAGCGCCGUCAUUGUCACGCAGCCUUUUAGCACCUUUGUUCCAUUCCUCCCCCAGGACCUCACGGCCCACCAUUGGCAGCUGAGUCCCUGCCUGUGACAAAAAGAUCCCUGCGCCCACCCUCAUUUGAUGCAGUGACGACCCCACCCCCCUGCCCCUCGCUAAUAUCCACAGCCGCCACACGCAAUGACACGUUCACACAUACACACGCUUCUUGCAAGGAGAAAUGUUCUGUUUAGUGAGGGAGGAUGUGGGGGGUCAGGACACAGGGGCGGGUUAGGAGGGGACAAAUAAACAUCAGGGCCGAGGAGGAGUUAUGUCUUGUUUACACAUUAGCAACUGUUUAGCCAGUCUCAGUGCUUCCGUCGGGUCUCGGGUGGCUUCUCACUCGGGCCCACUCACCAACCAUCUCAAGUGUUUCAACGUCUUCCUCCAGAUCACAAGCCGCAGCUCUAAUGGGAUUAAUGGUUUAGUCACAAAUAUUGUCUGAAGACAUUUGUUUGGUGCAUAUUUUUCAGCAAGCUUUCCAGGGGGUCCCCUGCAUCUAUGACUGCUUCCCUGUUUGAACACGUUUUUGUUCAUAUUCGCUUACAUUAGAAACAUAAUUCAGAAUAUGAUUAUUAGUUUUCAAACUAAACCUGUAACAUUUAGCCAAAACAUUUUUUUUUCAUGAACAUCACUUUAGAAAAACAAAAUACUAUUUUAUCUGUGUACCUUAAGCUCUUACAUUGUAAUACAUUGUAAGGCUCUAUUGAAGACAUUAUGAAUGUUCAUACUCACGUAUGGUAAUUUAUGAAAAGGUUUAUUAGGUAUUAUAAGUUCUGGACUUAAAUUAGUCAGGUUAUUAAGACUCCAGAACCCAAACCGCACUGUGCAAUGUUAUUACAAAUAUCACAUUUUGUAGCUCAUAAUACUGAAGAAGCUUUGUCAUACAUGACUAUAAACACUUAUAACAUCUUCUCUGAAGCCUUAGAAAUGCACCAUGGUGAUACACUUGUAAUACUAUAAUGAUAUACUAUUACCAGGAGUGGUAAUUCAGUUUAAACAUUUGGCUCUUAUGACGCUUCAGCCAACUCAGGCUUGUGUGGAGAGUCCCUGGUGUGAUGGAGUCCAUCUUCCGGUCCAUUUUAAAAAGACUACUGAAGAAAUAAACGUCAAGAGUCUUUCACUGUUUCAUCAUUGCUGUCAAAAUGGUUCUUUAUAAUUUGUCUUCUCCUUUCUGAAAAGAGUAGUAUGUUAAGUAUGACUUUGAAGACAUAUUUUUGAGUGUGUCGUGAGCGUAAGGUCUUAAAUGUGACUUCUGGGACAGUUUGGUGCUGUGAUGGCGUCUGCGUGUGUGUGUUGAUUCGUGCCAGUGGGGGUCCCAGGCCAGGGUGAUGAGGCGGGCAGCCCACAGAGAAGUGCUGGGGUGAGGGGGUUUAGGUUUUGAUGGACUGCAGGCCUCCUCCUCCUCUGCUGGUCUGGAGAGAUAUCAACAUUAUUUUUGCAUUUGUAUCUUCAAAGUCACACGAGUAGAAUGAGAAGGAUUGUUUAUGCAGGCUAAUAGGACACACACCCACGCGUACGUGCACACGUACACACACCAAACAAGCCGCAUCUUUCCAGCUCUUUCUAAUGAGGUGAUGACCAACCACUUGUUAUAAUUGCUUCAGUCUCCUUUUAAUUUUCGAGCUUAUUAAUCAUAUGUGGAGUUAUUUAAGAAUGCAUAAAUUAAUCUUAGAUUAAAAAGCCUAUCAAAGCCACAAAACAAUUAAAGAGUAAGGUAAGAUUUCCCCAGGGCUGCCACUUUUAUUUUAAUAGACUGCUCAGGUGAUUAUCGCACUUUGCUGCGGCGCUGUGAUUAAUGCAGACGCAACCAGAUCUGAGGCGUCCUGCUCCCAAAAACUCAUCUCAUGACCUCCUUUUUGGUGGGACCUUGUCUUGGGAGCAGAGUGAUCCAAGCGCAUUUAUGAUGAAAAAGAAGUUGUUUAAGGUGGACGAAGAUGAUUUCAGCCCUGGCGUCAAUAAGGCUUCAUAACAAUGUGAAUGCAGCUAUGAAUUUUAAAUAAGUGGUUUAUGGUUUAUUGAGCAGCAGCAGGUCAAUAUCUGUGCACAGUGAGAAGAAAUGACCUGUUUAGCAAAUUUGUCUCGACUCUUUCAUGAUGUCAUGUUUUACGACAGCAGACAUUUGUAAGUGUAUGAACAGCCUUUCGGAUCUGAAACAAGAUGAUACAUAUUUUGCUUCCAUUUGCAUAAAAUUUAUGGUAUUGUGUUAUGAUUAUAUAUCAUACAGGUGUUAGAACUCAUAAAAAAAGUUAUUAUUGUUAUUAUUAUGACACCAUGGCCCGUUUCAUUUGGAACAUAUUAAACAUUUUCUAUUUUGACAUUAUAUUCUUUGCUGCUUGUUUUAUAUGAACCAUCAGUUUAAUUUCAUUAUUCUCCUAUUUCAUAGCGCUUUUCAUCUGCAUAUUCUCAUGUUUAACUUCUUUGUCAAAGUGGGGGGCUGUAAUUUAUUACAUAAAAUGCUUAGUUAAUAAGACAGUUAUUACCCGUUAAUAACAGUUUUCUUUCUUGUACCAUGAAAAUGCAAAUAUACAAUAACUGAUGCCAGUAUAUUUUUAAUUAUAUUAUUAUUGCUGCUGCUGUUGCAAACAGUCUUGAGGUGAAGAUAUAAUAUUAAAUUCAGCAAUAAUUGUUGAGUUUAUGCACAACAAUGUAAAAAUAUUCAAUUGUAAUGUAGAAAAAAAUAGUGCUGCUUUAUUGUUUUUUGUUUUAUCGCCUAAUUUAUCGCCAUGUGUUUCAAACAAAAUUAUAUUAUUAUUAUUAUUAUUAUUAUUAUUAUUAUUAUUUAGUUGCUGUUGUUGUGGUGGUGGUGGUGCAUCGGUGAGUUCUGCCUGCGGUGGUCGGAGCAGCUCUGGUGUCGUGUUCCCUUCAUCAAUACUGCAGAUGAGUGGAUCCACGCGUGUCGCAGAUGAACGAGGUGAGUUCACCGACUCUCGCAGUAAAUGGUCGCCGUUUAGAGUCUCACAUUGUUCCUCCGUCCCGCAUGUGCUGUCGUUGUUCUGUCAUUCAGCUGGAGGGGAAAGUGGACGCCGAUUUUCAGAGCAGCUGUUUUUUUUUUUUUUUUUUGUCGACACGCGUGCAGUGAGAGUCCGUGGGAACGGAACACGUGGCCUGCGUGGUAUUCAUCUCCGGGACCCACCGAGGGUCCCUGCUGCUUCUCUUUGUAUUUGGGGAAAAAAAUGGCAAUUUUAAUUAUUCGCUUUUCUUUUAUUGUUUCAGGAUUUGUGUGCGACAUCGCGGAUUAGAUAGAAAACCAUGUUGAGAAAUGUGAUCGCUGAAGAAAUCAGGUGAAGACACUAGAAAUACUGACCUGCGAAACACGUCAACUAUUCAUGUGUCGCUUUCAUUAAACGCUAAACCAUCAUUUCAGUGAAACUACACUGGGCAGAAUGUGUCCACUGUAACUGCUGAUACAUUAAUAUAUAUUGAUGCUUUCACUGUUAUUUUCACUCCAUUUUAUUUCAUAUUUUCUAGUGAAGCAUCUAUAUAAUUAUUCACGCCAUUUAAAUAAAUGUGACAAUGUUGGUGUUAAAUUAUUUCAUGUACUAUUUUAUCUGAUUUGUAAUAAGUCGUAAUUGCAUUUUAUGAAUGCAUUUAUUGUAUAUAUUGUUUUGUAAUUCAUAUAUUGUAUUUUAAUAACGGAUGCGUUCUGCUAACAUUUUUUUAAAUAAUUUUAUUUGUAAAUUGUACAUUUUAUUUACAAUGUGUUGUAAAAAAAAUAUCAACCAGUAUAUUCAUUUUGCUUCUUUUUCCGAUUAUUGUUUUGUAGGUAUUUUUAGAUUUUUCCAGCUGAUAUUACGUGUAACUGAAAUAUUCUUAUGGAUAAGUGUAAUGUUUCCGAUGCUCUUCCGUGGUUAAUUCUCAUGAUGCAAAUGUCAGAGGGCUGCGGUUGGUCUUCGUGGGAGGGUCUUUCUUAAGUUUAGCUGUCACUUGAUUACUGAUGGGGUCGUGGUGGGGGGCUGUGCUACAUGUGGACACAGUGAUGAUGCUGAACACAAACCAGCCUCCCACAGCAGGAGAGCAGCAGAGAGAGAGAGGAGGACGGGCAGCAGGGAGGAGGUGCUGCUCCACUUCUUCUAAAGCAAACAUCUUCGCGUCUUCCAACACUUUUGGCUGCUUCACCGCGGAGGGAGGCGUCCACCACACCAGAGCUUCCAGGCCUCCAAGGAUGGACUCCAUAGCUGCGGGGCGAGACUCCAGCUCCUCUCCGGGCUCCAAGCAAGAACUCGCCUACUCCAGCAGUCUGAAGCCGAACCAGGUCGGGGAGACGGUGCUGUACGGAAUACCGAUCGUGUCUCUGGUGAUCGACGGUCUGGAGAGGCUGUGCCUCGCGCAGAUCUCCAACACCUUGCUGAAGAACUACAGCUACAACGAGAUCCACAACCGGCGGGUGGCGCUGGGCAUCACGUGCGUGCAGUGCACACCUGUGCAGCUGGAGAUCCUGCGCAGAGCCGGGGCCAUGCCCAUCUCCUCCCGCCGCUGCGGCAUGAUCACCAAGCGCGAGGCCGAGAGACUCUGCAAGUCGUUCUUGGGAGCGCAUUCUCCUCCCAAGCUGCCCGAGAACUUCGCCUUCGACGUGUCCCACGAGUGCGCGUGGGGGAGCCGCGGGAACUUCAUCCCGGCCCGCUACAACAGCUCCAGAGCCAAGUGCAUCAAGUGCUCCUACUGCAACAUGUACUUCUCGCCCAACAAGUUCAUCUUCCACUCGCACCGGACCCCGGAGUCCAAGUACACGCAGCCGGACGCGGCCAACUUCAACUCGUGGAGGCGGCACCUGAAACUGUCGGACAAGAGCAGCCCGACGGAUGUUCUCCACGCGUGGGAGGACGUGAAGGCCAUGUUCAACGGGGGGAGCAGGAAGAGGACGAUGCCCGGGAGCGAGUCCGGCUCGCCGCUCAAGUCUCAAGCCCCGAGUCUGUCCCGGACCUCGCCGGAGGUUCCGGCCAAGAUUCUGACCUGCGAGGAGAACCGCGGCGGGCUGGCGAGCCCUCGCAGCUACCCGCUGAUCCCGGUGCCGAGCAAGGGCUUCGGGAUGCUGCAGAAGAUCCCGCCGCCUCUCUUCCCGCACCCGUACGGCUUCCCGCCUUUCGGUCUGUGCCAGAAGAAAGAUGACGUCAUCGUGGCCGAACCGGGCAGCAAAGCGGGCCUCCAGGGCGUCCUCUGGCCCGGUACCAAGGACAGCGCUUACCACUCCUUCCCCAUGUUCUGGCCCGCAGCCGGGCCCCUGCCUCUGGCCCCCUACACACAGACCCCUCACAAGCCACCCGCGGAGCUGCUCUGUCCGCCGCUGGACGUUCCCGAGCACAGCGAGCGCAACAAAGACACUUCGGUUGACAGCGAGCGCUGCUCGAGCACGCAGUCCACCCGCAACGACGAGGACAAGUCCGGGGACGAGUCCCGGCCCGCCGAGCCCGUGACGUCACGGAAGGUCAGCUACGUGUCCGCCUUCAGGCCCGUGAUCAAAGACGCCGACUGCAUCGCCAAACUGUACGGCAACAGAGGCGCGUACACCCGGACCGGCUACCUGUCCCCGGACUUUUUAAGCGAAAGCUCCAGCUACAGGUCCGUGUCUCCGUGCGUGGACAGCGAGGGGGAUCCGGACGUGGACGUGGAGACCAACAAAACAGCCGAAGACGAGGACUCGGUGUGUUCUCGGACUCCCCCCGGACUUGGUCACAACGACUCGGACGCCAAAGAGACCUGUCAGGCCGAGCCGCAGAAAAACACGGUGCAGUCCUCAGACCGGGAGCACCCGAGCAAGCACUUAACGGAGAGCCACAUGUCUGCGCCUUUUACUGAAGUGUACACACCGGAGAGAGCCGAGCUGCACCCGAGAAUCAGUCCGCUCCACUUCAGACCUGCCAGCUUCCCGCCAGCUCUCCUGUCCGCAAACGACGAGAGCGCGACCAAAGAGGAGCCUUCGUCCACCGUGGAGGAAGUAGAGACCAAACAGUUCCACGAGCAGAGCAGCGACGAAGCGCAGCGGGAGCCUGAUGGCGGCGAUGAGGCAACUGCGAGUGUUUUACCAUCCAGCGAUAUACAGCGUCUGGCAAAAGAAGAGUUACAGAAGCAGCUGCUGGAGCAGGUCGAGCUGAGGAAACAGCUAGAACGGGAGUUCCAACAUUUAAAAGAUAACUUCCAGGACCAGAUGAAGAGAGAGCUGUCCUACAGGGAGGAGAUGGUGCAGCAGCUGCACAUCGUCCGAGAAGCUCACGACGCUUUACACCAUUUUUCAUGCAAGAUGCUGACUCCUCGCCACUGCACCGGCUCCUGCACCUUCAAGUCUCCCCUGCUGCCUCCCUAAACCAGGAAGACGUGCUACAGUCCUCAGUCAGCAGGAGGCGCAACUCUAUUGUAAUUAACUGUAAUAAUAAUUUAAAAAAUCUGUACCACUUUGUUUAGCAUUUAUGUACCCAUUUUGCAUAAGGUGAAUUUUGUUAAAUAUUAAAACAUUGAUUAUAUUUAUUAUUUGUGGCAAAGUGCAAUGAGAAUGUAUGUAAGUUGUGAACUUUUUUUCUGUUGUCACAGUUCAUCCAUAGCUUCUUCUCUGAUUUCAGUAUUUCACCUUCUGUGUUUGCUGUGUUGUUCUUUGCAGGCUGAUAACUAAAAUAUGUUCAGAUAGGAUGCACUUUAAUUUAGUGAUGGGAACCACCAAAUGCCUGCAGGUCUACAGUGCAAACAUGGUGAUUUGAGUAUGAUUCAUUUGAUUUUCAAUACAAGCAAGGACGUUAAAGAAAAAAAAAAAAAAAAAAAAACUGCGCCUUUUCAAGCACAUAUUCUAUUAAAAAUAGCACAUGUGUUGA